UUCAUUUCCCGCUUCAACAUGUUGGCAGGAGGAGAAAGAGGAGGAUGCUGCGCUCUACCCUCGGUGCGUUCCUGCCACUCCUCCGGUCAGCGCGCGCUGCCUCUGACUCAGACUCUCCCACAGCCAUCAGUUGUCUCCGCCUGAAGGACUUCAGAGAGGAGGUGGAGGAGGAUCCAAAGGAUACGCUGGAGAUCAGGAGUUCUCACGCCGGGGUCCCCAACAGGAACAACAAUAGCAGGGGAGCAGAACGGAGCAACUGCUCCCCAUCUGUGGUGGAAACUACAAAUACCUCAGCAGUGAACACCUCUUCUGCCUCCUGUAGUUUCUCUCCCUCCUCCUCCUCCUUCUCAGCUCCAAGAUCCAUGUGGCAAGAGGCAAUAAGGAGGAAGCGGUAUCUCCUGGACCGGGCAGGAGAGUCUGGAGAAGGGGAUAAAGGAGGAGGAGGAGGUCAACAGAGGAGGAACAGGUCUCCAGAUUGGCUAUACAAGUCCUACUACUGUAUGAGCCAGCAGCAUCCUCUGAUUGUGUUUCUGCUGCUCAUUGUGAUGGGAGCCUGCCUGGCUCUGCUGACUGUGUUUUUUGCUUCAGGACUGGUAAGCUGCUCAUUCACAACAUUCAAAAACACACUCUCUCUCUUUCUCUGACACAUGCUGACACACGUAGAUGAACUAUUCACAUUUAAAGUAGAAAGAAAGGAAAAUCUGGGACCACAUAAAUGGCACCGAGUGUCAUUUUUUGCUGGCUUCACUCAUGUGGGUUUAUUAAGAAAAUUCGUAUCAAGAGUUUUAAGUUGUAAACAGUGCAAGCUGGCACAUCUGGGCACAUGUGGAGCUCACACUAUUUUUUAGACCUUUUACAUUUUUUAUAAACCUGAGUACAAACGGGGUCACAAAAACUGCAGCGCUUACAUGUUCACAACCACAACAUCCAGUGGCUUAUGAAGCAAAAUACAGCAGCCCCCCAACUGUCAUGGAGGCACACACAUGGAAAUGUGUACACACAUAAAAGCGUGCCUGUGCGACACCUUUGUGCACGCACAGUCUCCCAGCAUGCAGCCUUCAUCGCAGCACUAAUGUGAAGAGAAGGGUGAGAUAAAGUGGGAGGGGGGAUAAGGGGCUUAGUUAUUGUCUGCGCUCAUGGUUGACUGAACUACAGAAAGGAGGUCUGUUUCCCUCUGUCACUAUUUUGACAGGGUUAUCUUUGCUCUAAAACCAGAAAAAAAAAUCACUGCAAUUGAAGCAGGACACUGUCAAAGAAAAAAAGGCCGUUGCAAACAGGGAAAAAGGCAAAACAUUAUUUCUCAGUGCUGUGAUUUCACUCUCAAAUUACUCACCUGACUUUGCACGUAUAAAAACAAAAAAGAAUUAUUGGAAAUUUCAGAGUGUUAUUAUAUAUCUGCAGUUUCUUUCAAUUUUACAUAAUACACUGAAAUUAUUGUAUUAAAGCUGAUCACAUUUUGGCUUUAGGAAGCGCAUCUCCAGAACCCUAUCCCUGCUGAACCUGCUGUUAGGAGAUUAGUCUAAAACAAAGCGAAUGAGGCAGAGACAAAAACAGGCGCACACACACAAAACCAUGCAUCUCGCAAAUCACCACAACCCAUUCGUAUCGCUUUUGCAUUAUAACAACAAACCGUCUCAAAGUGUUUUCAUGGUAACAGGGUUUUUAUUCACUUAAAAUCACAACCAACAGAUGGUGAGGUCAGUAACAUCAGCAGUAUGACAGCCAGCAUUGCAUUGGCAUGCUAGACAAAACGGACUAAUUUCUGCGUAAUUAGUCAACAAAUUAAAUCCUUUUUGAAGGGAUUACAAGCAACAGCAAUCUACUAUGAAUCAUAUUUAUUCUGGCAACUUUUCUGAUAGUUGAUUGCAUUUUAAUUGCCUCGUAAAUACAGCUGUAAUUUCCAUAAUAGUAGUUUCUGGUGCUCGUGCACAUAAGGAGGUAUUUAAGAGGUUAUUCAUCAUUAUUGUGACUCAUUAGCCAAGCAUCAACUGCUGUUUGCACACAUGUAUCUCCUGUUUGAAAGUGUAACUCUGGGUUUAUGAUUUGGUUAGCUGCUUGUGUUUAUGUGUAAGCUGUAAAGUGUGAGGUUGUCCGCUGACCAACAGCAGGAACAUCAAGAAUUAACGUGGAGUUUGAAACAUGAUUGCUGCAGAGCAAGGGAGAGGAGCUUUAAAUUCCUCUUUUUUAUGCAAUUUUUUUUUUUAACCAGAAUCAGACACUAAGAAUAUGAUUUUCUGUCGUCUGGAAAUGUUUGUGUGGGCUGACAAAGAAUGAGCGUCCCACUAACUGUCUCUUCCUGUCAGGCCACUGCUCAGCCAACUGUCCUACAUGCUUUUUCUUUUUGCUCCAUCCCUGGACUGGAUUGACACGACUUUUGCCCAUCCCUCUCUUUUUUUUCUGUCCAUCAUCUCCUGUUUCCCUACCCUGCUCCUCGUAUCAUUUCCAACGUCCUUAUAUCUCAGUCUCUCUCUCUCUCUCUCUCUCUCUCUCUCUCUCUCUCUCUCUCUCUCUCUCUCUUUUGUUUGUAUCCUAUCAUCCCUCCAUCCUGCUUGCUGGCUGACCUAAAUCUGUGCUGUUCUGGAGCUCUGCUCUGGGCGAGACAAACUCUGGGCUCUCUGCAGCCACACAUAUCCUCUCCUGUCCCAGAACACUGGCUGUGUGCAUGAGAGAGAGACAGAGGGGGGAGGUGGGGGGGGACUUGGAAGGAAAAUGGGAUAGAUGGAGAGGAGGACAAAUGCAAAGUGAAGCGUCAUGCAAUAGGCUGUCAUGAAAACAUUUAUGGUUAUUGGGCAGUUUUUGGAGCAGCGGUAGAGGAGGAAAUGUUUUAGGCAUCAGUGACUGCAAUGGAAAACACAUGAAAUAUAUGCAUGACUGAUAAUGUUCAUGACAGUAGAAGGGCUGCACAUUUUAUUGAACUGUAAUCAUGAUCAGUUCAAUAAAAUCUAAGAAACAUGAUUGAUAGUAAUUAGAGGCAUUGAAACUGCAUGAUCUGCUGGUAGAACAAAUAUCAGAUUAUUGAAAGUAGUACUUUAAGAUCCUGGUUACCUCUGUUCUCCUUAUAUUUGCUGGUUGUAUCAGCAGUUUAUUUGAUAAACUCACUGGAAGAAGAAAACUAUUUGCUUUUUUAUCAGGAUUCCUUCAUGAUAAUAGGAGAUUCACAGGGGAUUGAUGAGGCUUGAUGUUGUUUAUGAUAUAAUGUGCCGUAAUGAUCCAAAACAAAGAGUGCAGAAAAACAAAUUAUGCCUUUUUAACCCAGCUAGUCGUAAUUUUUGUGCAGAAGAACUGUAAAUCUGGAAUUCUCAGUCCACUUUUUAAUCUGGAUUUAGUUGGUUGACUUUUUUUUUUAUCGAAGAGAUAUUCUUAGUGGGGAGUCCCUCCAUAUCAGGAGGAUGUUUUACCGAAGUAACAAAAUAGUGACUAAAAUAAGAAUAAGUAAUGGCGGUACAUUCAUUUUGAUCACAUUAGUUCAUCCAAGAAAUGAAAUAGGUAGUCGGUUCUAAUGUUUUGCCUCAUCUUUUUUGGCUUUAUGUAGUCAGUGUAUCAUUUAUUUGAAGUUAUGCCAGCUUUAACUACACUCUCUAAAAGCACUGUGGCAUUGUUUGCUGUUAUUAUGCAGCAAUUUUUCUGAAGUUGCUUCUUUCAUAAUCCAAAAAAGUAGUAGCUCUUGGCACUGUUAGUUUGUCAUACAUUUGAUAUAUUAUUGAGUAUUUUAUGAUUAUAUAAUUUUAGCAGAUGUUUGCAAGAUUACGUUUUGGCCCUAGAUUGAAGCAUUGUUCUCCAUUCUUGCCAUCCAAAUCAUUCUUCCCGAUGCAUUUUUGACUAAGUUAGAUGUAUUCAGAACUAGUGUUUUGUGGGUUAAGUCAACUAAAUGAUCAAGUUCAAUAGCUGAUCAAUAGUCACCCUCUGUACUUGACACCACAUUUACUUGUCAGUCAAACAUGUUUUUAUCAUUGUUUUCUUAAAGAUUCCAAAAACAGGCAACUGGACUGUGUAGAGUUGAGACUCUACAUGACCUGGAUGAAUGAGAAUCUACAUGGACAUAUUUUAUCAUUGUUCUAACAGGGUCCAAAAUAAUUGUCAUAUACCCGGGGUAAUUAAAUACCGCCAUAAUACCAUCACACUCCAGUUCUCGAAGUUCCUCUUCCUCUUCAUCUUUCUAGCAGAAGGCCGAAUGUUUUGUGCCAACACUGACUGGUAUUUGUAACUGUUCAUAAUUCCCUCCACCCUGACUAAGGCACCAGUUCCAGCUGAAGAAAAACAGCCCCAAAGCAUGAUGCUGCCACCACCAUGCUUCACUGUGGGUAUGGUGUUCUUUUGGUGAUGAGCAGUGUUAAUUUUGCGCCAAAUAUACGUUUUGCAAUGAUGCCCAAAAAGUUCAACUUUGGUUUCAUUAGACCAUAACACAUUUUCCCACAUGCAUUUGGGAGAUUUUAGAUGUCCUUUUUUAAAAUUAAGCCGGGCUUUGAUGUUUUUCUUUAUAAGAUAAGGCUUCCGUCUUGCCACCCUGACCCAUAGCCCAGACAUAUGAAGACAGCAGGAGAUUGUUGUCACAUGUACUACACAGCCAGUACUUGCCAGUAAUUCCUGCAGUUCCUUCAGUGUUGCUGUCGGCCUCUUGGUAGCCUCCCUGACCAGUUUUCUUUUAGUCUUACCAUCAAUUUUGGACGGACGUCCUGUUCUUGGUAAUGUCACCGUUGUGACAUAUUUUCUCCACUUGAUGAUGACGGUCUUUACUGUGUUCCAUGGUAUAUUCAAUUCCUUGGAAAUUCUUUUGUAGCCCUCACCUGACUGAUUUCUUUGAAUAAUGAGAUCCCUCUGAUGCUUUGGAAGCUCUCUGCGGAUCAUGGCUUGUGCUGGAAGAUGUGGCUACAAAAAUGUCAGGAAAAGCCUACUAGAACAGCUGAACUUCAUUUUGGGUUGAUUAGAGGCACUUUAAUUGGUGACAGGUGUUUGCUGACUCCAAUUUAACCUGAGUUUGAAUGUUAUUGGUUAAAUCUGAACACAGCCACAUCCCCAGUUAUUAAAGGGUGUGCACACUUAUUCAGCCACAUGAUCUCAGUUCUUUAUUUUUACUUCACCUCCCUGAAAGAUUUCUGUUUGUUUUCCAAUUGUGUUGUACAGGUUAUAGGUCAAAUUAAAGGUGGAAGAAGUUGUGAAAUUAUUUAUCUUGAUUUAAAUUUUUUACAUGACAAAAACCUGCCAGUUAAACAGGGGUGUGUAGACUUUUUAUAUCCACUGUAACUACUCAACAGGAGUAAUGUGUAACCAGCUCAGUCAUGUGGACAUAAACCUGAAGGAAGACCGAAGGCUAGUUGAGCUAAAAUAAGCUACAAUCAGCUGACCAGUUUGACAUAGUUAACCUGCAGACUCUGUGAUGUAUGGGUUCAGCUGUGUCAGCUAAAUUGUGCUUAUAUUAUCUGAGUGUUUUAUUAUCUUUGGACUAGUUAGUUGGUUGGAUUUUAAGUUUUGACUGCAGUAUAAUACUAUUUUGGGUUGUGUGUGAUUGAAAAGAUAUCACAUAUACACUCCAUAAUACACUCAUGAGGAUGUGAUGCCUUCCUUACAUCUCUAUUUCUUUAUCCUGACCUUUUUUCAUCCCCUGCCACUCAGCUGGAAAAGCACUGACUGGAUAAAGCCUGACAGGAGCAGAGAGUACAAACGACUCAUUUUCACUGCACGAUCUCCCUACAUCCACCUUGAAGAAUCUCCUGAAAUUUUUAUCAGAACUCUGAGAUCUUAGUGUGUUUUAGAAAAGCUGCAGGAAAUCCAUAAUGGAUGUGGCUUCAACUUUGGUACCAGAGGCUUUUUAGGGUUUUUCCUCAAUCUAUAGGAUGUUCUCCUAAAAGAGGAGGGUUUUUCACUUUCACAGUUUUAUAUCUCAAAAACAAGAGAGUAUGGAUCACUGUACUAGACUGGACCUGUUUGACCAAGUAACAGUCAUAUCUGAUGAUUUACACAUUGUGUGGCUAGGUCAUUUAUUGGAGUUGGACUUCAUAUAUCUAAAAUAUAUGGAUGUGGAGAAUUUUGUCAUCCUAAAAGGUUAAAAAUUACUCCAAGAUAUUGAGAUUUAGCUUUUAUUAAGACGUAAAUAUGCAGAUUUUAAAAAUAUACUCUCAAAAUUAAGUAAGAAAUUGUAAGCUAAUUCUUGAAAAAGAUGUCUGGUGAGUUUAAAAAAUGUGGAAUAAAUUGAUAAGUCAUGAAAUAAUCAUCAAAUCAUUCAAGUUUUAUUUCUUCUCUGACCUUUUUAAAACCUUUUUAUGCAGCUCUUUAACCCAUUUAGAUCUUUGGUUUUCUCAGUCCAUGUCAGCUCUCAGAUAUUCCAGUUUUACAUCCAUACAAAGUCUUGUCACAUAUUCAUGCGGCAGAAACAGAAUAUUAAAGCAACUGACAUACAAAGUACAACUUUCUUUUCUGAUAUUACACCCAGCAAAGAUGUUAUCUUCAUACUGACACCUUAUUGUGUUCAGAGGAGAAUCAGUAUUAUUCUGGAUUUACUGUUCGUCUGGUUAGAAGAGAAGCUUUUACCAUGCUUCAGCUCUUUCCUGGACCCUCGAGAGGUCUCUGUCUCAUAAAUGUGCAACAAUUUUAUCUUUAUUGCCUUCACAAAAAACCACUUCCCCUCUAUUCCAAAUAGUCCAUCAAAAAAAUGACUUUUUUUUUUUAUCCUCUCUCCAUUUCAGAACGUAGAGGACCACGUGGCCUUCGUAAUCACUGUGCCCACAGCUCUGGCUAUCUUCCUUGCUGUGUUUGUUCUCGUCUGCAUUGAGUCCAUCUUCAAGAAGCUUCUGCGUGUUUUCUCCCUGGUCAUCUGGGCCUGCCUGGUCGCCAUGGGUUAUCUUUUUAUGUUUUCAGGCGGGAUUGUGUGUCCAUGGGAUCAGGUAAGACCCAUAUAUGUAUUUUUCGGUUGAUGUAUUUACAUUAGUAAAACAUGUGAUGCUCUGCGGAGUAUUUGAUGCAUUUGAGUGCUUAUUCAGGUCAAUUUAAAAGAGAUUUACUGUUUAAGCAAAAGGAUAAAAAUCUAGGCCAGUGGAUUUUGAAAGUUGCCGAGGCUUGGUUUCUUUUCCCACACUCUUUUUUGUCUUUGACUCAGCUGAGGUCUCCUGUGGUGAAUCACAACCUCUUUGGGAGUUGUGUUGGCUUUAGAAGAAAAUUUUUGGUGAAGGCUUCCCACAUUCCCUCAUCCAUGUGCAUACCUUUUAUUAUUUCCACUUGAUAGGGGUGCAUUUAUUUUGGAAUAGUCCUACAAAUAUGAAAACAGUCCAAAAACAUUUUCCUGAUUGGAAUCUGGUAAAAAGAGGAGCUAGAAAUCUGACUCCAUUCACUUUGUUUUGGUUCUGCAUGACUUACCUUCUGCAUAGGUGUGUACAGCUUCACUUCUGAACAAUGUGGUCACAUGUCUGUGAUAAGAAAGUGUGCAGAAUAGAUCCUGUACUGUCUGAGUGCAGAUGUCACAGUCAUAGAGAAAACUGGCCUGACUUAUCAGAUCCCUUUCUUUAGUUUUUGGUUCAUCUUAUGUGGUUUGUGACCUAUGAUUUAAAGUACUGUUUGAAAAGUUUUUAUGAAAUCAAGGCUGAGAGCAUCCUGACAUUUUACUGACAUUUCUUAGUCUUUUUCUUCAUGUCUCUGCAAAAUGUAGUUUCACAAAACAAAAUGAUUACUGCUUUGUGAAAAAUGUAGCUGUCUCAGGUCUCAUGAAAUUUCUCACUUAUAAAUCACACCCAGGGUCUUAAAAUGAAAUGAAAAACACAUGAGCAACAAAAAAGAAACCAGAACAAAAAGCUCAUAAAGACACGCACGUACUUGAUAGUGGCUAGAUAUCUAAAGUGUAUCAGUCAUGAACUUUCUGCUGUCAGAAAUGACACUGGAUUUUGGAUGUCUGUCUAAUUUCAGGAUGUUAGAUAGCGCUCCUUUUUGUAAGUACCAAAACAAAACAAUAACAACAUCACACGUUUUGCUGUUUGCAGGAUACAACAAGACUUCCUGACUUACUGUUAAACCACUUCUUUCCCUGAGAUCCUUAAAAACCUUAAACAUGAUCGUGUUGGUCACAUUCUGUGGAUAACCAAAAUAAUAAACUGUUGACAUAUCAGGGCCUACUCUAGAAAUUCACCACCUUUGUCAGCAGUUAUGUUUUGCCAUGAUUUUGGUUGUCUUAGAUGCUUUAAUGGAUGUUGUCAAUGGUCGGAAAAGAUGAGAUGCCACAGACAGAUUAUAUUUACUCAAAUGUGUAAUUAAAGGUAAAGACUGCUGGUCGGUGACUGUAUUACUAUGUGGUAGAGAAAUAAUUACCUAUUCAUCAUAAAUGAAUGCAGACACGUGUGGUAUUCAUGCUUUUUUAUUAGCAGGCCAUAAACAGAUCAUAUAUCAGAGUCACGCUGGUGAAUAUAUGCAGUCAGCUUAAAUAGAGGAAGCCAGACAAAUGCGUUGUAUGAAACAGCUGUAAAUCAACUUGUGUAAGUCAAUGCGUGUUUUAUCUAUGCAUUUAUCAAGCGUCAUUGGGCUGAAUAUGUCCCGUGGGCUCUGAACAAAAGCAGCAUCUUCUUUGCUGGAGCCAUAUGCACACUGCAGCAGGGCUCAUUGAAAACAGCACAGUACAUUAGGUCUCCAUCAUCUAAAAGCUGAAUCAGUAUUGGCAAGACAGAUGUCUUGUGUGGCCUCAUCUAUCACAAAGAGGUAGCUAAAAAUUCACUGAUUCAUAUGCCAGUCUAUUCAUUCCUUUCUUCUACUGACUAAAAAUGUCAGGCCAUUACAUCAUUAUUGCUCCCUGACUGCUGCAUCUUAGCCAUUUUAAUUAAUACUCAUCUUCAUUGUUGACUUUCUCUGCACUCUAUGAUGGUUAGGGGCUUGUGAUCAAAUAACAGACAAAGGAAAUGAGUCAUUAUUGUCCUGACAUCACUCCACCUCACUCAAGUACUAUUAGGUACGCUUUAUUUUUUUGUUUUAAUCUAAAACAGGGGAGCACAGAUAACCUACACCAUUUAUCAGUAAAGUUACUGUUAGACACGUCUACUUAUGCACUCAGUAAUCAAAAGCUUUGAAUUAUAUGUAUAUUUAGACUUACAAUAAAAAGUAUUCAUGAUCCAUUAGCCUCAUAUGGGGUUUAAGCCACCCAUGAUACACUAAAGUAACUAUGCUAAAUGGAUACUAAAAAGGAAAAGCUCAGCCUUUAAAAUAUCUUGUGUUCAGUAUAGAAGUGAUUCGUAUUGACUUUCUUUUAUUUGUGACUUUUCAUACUCACAUCCAGUAGACUGAUCUGAUAACUUUUUGACUUUUUGAGAGUUGAGUAUCUAUUUGAUCGGACAGAAAACGCCAAUCUUUUAAAAUUACAGAUAGAAAUAAAGUUUGAAAAAAUGAAGCUGUCUUCAUGGGCCCCUUUUAGAUAAAAUGAGUUUUCCUUGAUUUGGUCAACAUCUCUUUAAGUUGAAUCUUUAUGUUAUAACUCUACUCAUAAGUUUCUGUCAUUGACUGGUAAGCAACUAACCAUGAAACAAAACUUUUGUAUACUCCAAAUAAACAGACUGAUAUUGCAAAUUUUGUCAAGGUGCUUAACGAAACUGUAGAUAGUCAUGACUUUUGAGAAAUAUUUUUGCCACAUUGCCAACUGAAACCAUAACACCUCCACCACCAGGUUGUACUAUUGAUACAAGGCAGGCUCGAGCCAUGCUUUCAUGUUGUUUACGCCAAAUUCUGGCAGUUUUGGUGAGCCUGUGUGAAUUGUAGCCUCAGUUUCCUGUUCUUAGCUGACAGAAGUGGCACCCUGGAGUGGUCUAAUGCUGCUGUAGUCCAUGUGCUUCAAAGUUUGGCAUGAUGUGAUGAAUUCAGCAUGCCUUGGUUGUAAUGAUUGUUUUUUGACUUACUGUUACCUCUCUGUCAUCUUGGAUCAGUCUGCCGAUUCUCCUCUGACCUCUAACAUCAAUAAGCCGUUUUCAUCCACACAACUGCUGCAAACUGGAUCUUUUUUUUCUUUCAAACCAUUCUCUGUAAACCAUGGAGAUGGUUGCGUGUGAAAAUCCCAGUAGAUCAGAAGUUUCUGAAAUACUCACACCAGCCCAUCUGGCACAAACAACCAUGCCAUAUUCAAAGUCCAUUCUGGUCGUCUUCAACGUGUCUGCAUGCAUGAAAACAUUGAGUAUCUGCCAUGGGAUUGGCUGAUUGGCUAUUUGUGUUAACAAGCAAGUGAACAGGUGUACCCAAUUAAGUGGCCGGAGGGUGCAGAUCAUUCAUUCAUCUCAACUGAUCUUUUUCAAGCUACAAAAGCAGUUUCUUCAUAAAUAUCUUGUAGAUUUUGGUUGUAGGUCAACAAAUAUGAAUGCAUUGCCCAGUGCUUGAUGAUACUGAAGGACAGUUUCAAUACUGAUUUUUACCUUUUGUUAGGGUUCUGGGACAUAUUUAGAGUACCUUUGGUCAAAAAAACUCCUUAAUUAUCUUAUACUAGGGUCUGUUAAACUUCUCAUUCUAACACUUAGUUUUGGCUCGUUUUCCACAAACAUAAAUUCAGACACAGCCUGUGGGUGUUACUUUUCACAGAUUUUUGACUUGAGAGUUUCGCCUUUGUCUGAGGCUGGCUGUUAAACACCACUUAGCUCUCUAUUUAGCCACAUAAGCAUAUGUUACUCACAGUUAGUGGUUCUGAGUUUUUAUGGAAGGGCUGGGUAGAUAAAGCUGCCCAAGGUUUCAGUCAAGAUUGUGAUGCAGAUCCAGCUCGUACUUGCCUUUUCUUCAAAAUAAAGUCAUCUGUGAGGUGGCGAGCACAAACUUGUGGCUGUUAUUGUCCUGAAAACAUCUCAAGUCCCCACUGUUUUCCGGUGUCUUUGACUUUGUGUUGAGAAAUAAUCCUGUACUUUCCUUCACAACCAAAAUAACUCUAGCAAUUAACUUUCCAAAGUGUACUGAAUCAACAAAGUGCAGAGUGGAGGGGAGAGACAAGCAGUGUUUUGACAGAGCUUAUAGGUGUGCUCGUCCUUUAGCAAUUUCCUGGCAUGACGGCACAACCUGGAAACAUAUUGUUGCUGUCUCUCAAAACAAGUAGUCUGUUGUGGUGUGUUGGAAUUACACCACCAUCCAUGUGUUUUAUCUUUUUCUAGAGUAUGGACACCCAAAAUUGUAACAUAAUAUGUAAGUGUUAAAUUAUGGAUCAGGCUAUCAUAGGUCCUCCUUUAAGGUUGAUUGCAAGUGUUUUUUAGUGUAUUAUUAGGUUAUUUAUAUUUUAAUAUCAACACCAAAAUCAUUUUUGCCCCUGUCCUGUAGCAGAAUUUGAGGAAGCUGCCCCUUUUUCUACUCUGUUUGCUUAUCUGCCAGUUAUAUUGGUAGCUGGUGUUACUGUGAGGUUUUAAGUAGACGUGUGCUCCGGAAAAGAAGUGGGGGGAGGCGAAGUGAAGUCAGAGUAAUUAAAUGUUCUCUGUGCUGUAGCGAGGAGGAAACCAUGAGCAGCGAGGGAAUAGAGCAGCGAUUAAAAGGAGGGAUCCUUGCUCUCUCUGCCUCACCUGCCAUAUAUCGCCCUGAGCUCAUUAAGAUGAUGCUUUUUAUACCAUGCCAUUCAUAAAAUUAUCAAAGCAUAAAAUUACGCUGUUUCUGGUCAGUGCCGCCCUACAAUUAACAAACUCAUUUCAAACACAGAAACUGGGAGUAAGUUGUCAAGAUACGAGUAAUGCGUUUCAAAUAACUGAUUAAACCGAACAGUGUGGAAGUAUCAUAAAUAAAAUAUGAUUUAAAUAAAGUGCAUGUAGAAAAGAAGAAUGUAUACAGAGCAAUUAAGGAUAACUGAAUUGGUCAUAUUUUAGUCUAAAGUUCUCUGUUGGUAUACUUUUACACAGUCUUCAUUGUUGGCUUUUGUGGUUCAGUUUUGUUACACAUUUAUAGAAAUCACUUGGAAGAAUAUUUAUGUUUCGAGCAAGUUCAGCAGGUUUUAUACUGAGCAUGGUGUGGCGUGAAGAGCAGUGGAUAAAGAGCAGAUAGUUGGCAAACUUAGGGGUCAAAGUAUUGUGCAUGCCUGUUGCUUACUGGCAGUGAAAGUGUUGUGUGGAGAGGUGCUUGGUUUAAUAUGUCUCUUCUUGCAAAAAUGUUUGAUACUUGAGUUUGAUUUUUAUUGAGAGGGAGGGUGAAGACGAUUUUUUUUUUUUUUGGUCCAGACAGGUUUUUUGAAGAUGGAACAGAUGAUUAGGUUAUGCUCUUGUUCUGCACCAUGGAUGAAAGUAUAACCAGCCCUUGCUGUAUUAUUUUGUUUUGUUUUACUUAUUAUUGCAAUCAGUAUUAUUUUUAACUUAUUUUAAAAAAAGAAGAAAAAAAAAACUAUAACAUGGUUGGUGUUUCAUCUUUUAUUGAAUUCUAAAUCAUUUCUAUUGACUGACUGUUUGGGAAAUUGUAUUGAUGUCUCGCUGCUGUGUGUUCUACCCCUAUUUCUAUUUUGUUUUUAUGUUGUGAAGCAUGUUGUAACUCUGUUUUGAAAAAGUGCUAUGUAAAUAAGGUUAUUAUUAUAUCAAGUAAAUUUACAUACAAUUGCCCCAUUAUGGAGAAAUCAAGGAUUCAUUGUUGAUACUCAUGUUUUAGUCCUAUUGAUUGGAAUCCCAACGGGCUGCCUUGUUUGAAGGUAAAAUGAAAACACCCAGAAGCCAAAAUAGAGCAUUAUUUUACCAAACAUGGCUCAACACUGGAUCACAGAGCAGAUAAACAAGGUCAAAUUUGUGUGACAGGUCUGGCCAAUGUUGAACUAUCUGUCCCCUCAAACCUUUUGUCCACCCUGUAGGUCAACCUCCACAUACCUGCGCUGGUAACACUCAUGUAAGUGAUGUGUCAGUUUAACAGGACAUAGCCUACAUCCACCCUUAUCUCCAUAUCCCAGACCAAAACACUGCCAAACUGUGAAGCACUUCUAUAUACAAUCUGUCAUCUGUGCUUGUUUAUAUCCCAUUCAUAAUAUUACAGCAUUACUGCUGUUGCCAUUUACCAGAGCUACAGUCCCAGCUAGCAGUGGACAGCUGUGUCACAGCUUAAACACAACAUUUUACCAUCACUUCAGGCCUAUAAGAAUAACAAUAUUGAUCAUUUGUUUAACAGACUGGUAAUUCUACAAGGAGGACACGGUUUAAUCCUGUAGUUAACUAAACAUGCAUAUCCAGGGAAAAAUGUGCAAAAGCAAAUGUAAAUUCAAUUUAUAGCAUAGAAUUAUGACAUUCAGCUUUUUUUUUAUUUUUUUUUACAGUAAUUAUUUUUUGCAAUAUUUUCUUUAUCUUCUCUUUGAAGUUUUACAUGAACCAAGAUAGAGAUUAAAUUUUUGUGGAUCCAAAAACCAAAAGUCAGCAGAGACUAUUCCCCUUGUAUUUCUUUGAUUUUUUUAUCAUUAAAUAUCUGAAACGCUGACUUGUAUUCACCCCAUAGCAGUCUGUACUACUGCUGUAAACAUGUUUUUCAGUAAAACAGUAUUUGAAAAUUCAAUAUUUUAUGUCCUUAGGGAGACAACAAGGUAGUAAGAGGACAAGAUAUUUUUACAUCACAAACUGCACUGUCAGUACACUUCCAGGUGAAUGAGAUACUGCUGAGGCUCUAAAUAUUCCUUCUGCUGUGUUGUAACCACUCGUCCCACUCGCCCGGAGUUAGUAUGUAUACAGUACACUUUCUAUUUCCAGACCUGGAAUCAAUUGGAUGCUUCUCCUCUCCCCACAAAGCCCUCUGUGUUGUUUGCUGACUGUGGAGGGAUUGGCUUAUCUGUGUGGUCCAGCCUCCCUCCCUCACUGAGAAAUAUCUGGACCCCUCCUCAUUGCCUCUUUCUCCUCCCUCCCUCUCUCUCCCUCCCUGUUCCUUGGUCACACACAUGCACAGAUGCACUCACACAAUCUCCUUGGAGUAUACAGCCAGCCUUAAUAGGCUUUAGGACAUAGGAGGAGGGCUAAUGGGGUGGAUGGGUUUACAGGGUUAAAAUAGUAAAAAAGAAGGGUAGAUAGCAAAAAUGGGGCUGAUAGAAAGGAGAGACAAAUGGAGGAUAUGAAACAAGAAUGAUAGGCAAAAAGAGGGGACGCACACCAGACAUUUUCUUGUGUUUUUCUGCAAAUCACCUUUAUUCAUCAGAGACAUCAUGGUCAAUCUGUGCAGACAGAUAAAUUACAAAUUGAGACCGUUAGCUACUUUUUUGCUGGAUUGUGUGUUUUUACUGUAAAUCAACAAAGCUGUCGUCAUACUCCAUUAAAGUGAGUGUCGCUUGAAAGAAAAAGAGCAAAUAAUUCUUUUUGAGAGCUAAACAGCACACACAUCAUGUCGUAAAUCUAGCCAGUAAGCUAAUCUCCACAGCAGACAGUAGACUAAAAGCCUGAUGUAAUCUGACACUCCAUCACUGUAAUUUGUUUUAUGAACCCCUCUUACUGUCAUUAUCAUGGCAUUGAUUCAUGGGGAUGAACACAGUCAACUGUGCCAUGAUGCACCACAAAAAAAAAAAAAAAGCCUCUUCCAUUUAAUUGUUUGAAAGGAGGGUCCUCAUGUGGUCUCCUCAACAAUACUAAAGAAAGCUCCGUGCUGUUUGAUUACUACAUCAGGUGUCAUUAUGCAGCAGAUCUCAGCUGGUGUCUCUCUCCCAGAAGCCUCUCCAUUAUCCUCUGAGCAGUUUCGUCAUCUAGCAGCAUCGAAUUUCAGAGCAUUUAGGGGGAAAUAUGGCUUUCUGAACUGUAAUCAUGUUAUGUUGCUGGGCUAAAUGAGAUCUGACUGUAAUAAGAUGCUCUCUCUUGCAUGAGGAAGUAAGUCAAUAUGUCUUUUUGAUUUUUCUGGCAAAGCAGAUUAACAGGUUUCUUAAAGCCACUGUGAGGAGCAUUCAUUUUCAUUUCGUCCAAUCUUCAGGACAAGUGGGAUCUCUUUCUUCUUCCUGAUCCUGUUUUGUUUUACUUUUGUUGUUUCUUGGGGCGGAAGAAUUGAUUUCAUUCUGUUUCACAAACAGGGAAAAGUUCAUACACGAGCUUUAAAAACCCUUGGAGAUUUGUUUUGGUUUUGUUAUUUGAAAAUGCUUUUUCAAGAUUCUGUCACUUGGAGUCCUAAUUUUUUUAAACAAUGGUUAAUUUACCACACUCUGCUUCUGUUCUGGUUUUGCACACUCAUAAUCACGUUAACAAUUAAGAUGCAUUGUGUUUUUCGUGCAUUCUGGCUCUGUAGGGGCUUGAGGAAUGAACGUGAAGUUGACAGAAAACUGCCACGACUACUUUAACACAUGUGGCAUAUACUGCAGAAACACCUUGGGCACUUUAAGCCCAAUCUGACUAAGAAUCAGCAAAACUGCAACUACCAUUGUGUUUGAAUUGCGUUCCACUAGCCUCAGGCCUCUUUCCAUUGUCACUGCUGUUUAGUUUUUUCACCUCUAUCAGUGACCUGACACACCUCUACAUAGCUGCGUUCAGGUGAUUUUUUUCUUGGCUUUAUUCUAAAAAUACAUGACCCUCUUUUUUGCUGUUGUUAAUGGUGGAAAGAGGCAGUUGCAUUGCUGACAUUUUCCCCUACUUUUUUUUUUUUUUACCGUCCCUGGGACCUCUACUUAGUUAAGAGCCUAAAAACCUUAACUCUGCCUUUGUGUGUUCAUUUGUAUUCUUCCUCCUGUUGCCAGCAUUACUGAGCCGUGACAUUGUUGGAAUAAAAUGAGACUGAGCCCAAUUAAAGCCAGGUCUGACAGAGAUUAGAAACAGUUCCUGGGUUGUGGUAUUACAACUGCAAUUCACUAGAGACCAGGACACAGGAACACUGACAGGAACAUAAUAAAUGAAUGAAACUUUACUUUUUGUUUUUGCUGUUUCAAAGCCAAAGUCCACUUAGAGGCUGGUGUUGUUUCAUGUUGUUUUUGUAGCUCAUCCUCCUGUAUCUUCACAGCGAACAGCUAAAAGUUGCUUGCCUUUAAUUCUGUUCUGGCAGCUGUGUAUCGGGUUAGAGUAAAACCAAAGCUAACACUGCCAUUUAUUUUUUCAGGUGAAAGGAGAGUUUUUGUUGGCUUCGCUGUUUUGAGCUCUUCCUGCUUCAAAAUGAAAAUAAAACAAAAACACAAACCGAGCUGACCUUUAUUGUCCUGGAUGCUCAAAAUGAAAUUUUCUGUCACGCAGAGAGGAUUAUCAUUUGGAGCUUUUGGUUUUAUGCAGUCAUGUAAACAGCUUAAAUUAAAGUGAAAAUUAAAUCACCCGACUGUGGAUCUGCAAGGAUAAGCUCCACUGACUGUAAAACAAAAGAGGCAGUUUUCAUAAAGGCUGAACAGUUUAGUGGUUGUAGUUCUGCUUUGGCUAGUAAGAGAAAUAAAUGGUAAAUGUCAACAUAUUUGUAAGCUCUCAAAGACCUGCAAUCAUGAAGAAACUGUCAGAUAUCCUUCCAUCAUGCCACAGGUUAUCUACCAUGCCAGCCAUUCUUAACCUCUGUGCAAAAAUUAUUAAUUCCAUGAGCUUUUUCGUGGCUUUGAAACCAACCAAACCACUCUCUCAAGACUGUGUGUGGGCGAUGAAUACAUGUAUUAUGAAGCUGCGUGAUUUCAUAUUGAGAGUAAAAUUAUGCAAAAAGGGGUCAGAAGUGCAUUUGGAUGCAUUUUCCUAUUUGUCUCGGGAAAGUCAUAAAGUUGUUUGUUUGUAUAAAUUUGAACUUCAACUGGAUUAGGUGCAUCUGAUUAGGCUUUAGCAUUAAGCACGAUUAUUAUUCUCAUAUCAGACAUUCAGCAUGAGUCUGAGCCUCUAGGCUACAGUUUGUGUGUAUACCCUUUGUUUACUCUCUGUUGGUCUCAGAAGCUUCAUAUGGACUAAGCUCUGAAUCAUAAUUUGAAUCUUCCAGAGACUAAGUGUCUCACUGAUUUAAAGAUAUUGUUGCAUGUUGGGAAAAUCAUAUUUAUAUGGUCUGCUUAAGAUGCAUGAUGUAACUACUGCACAUAGACAGUAGAGAUGUAUAAUUGUAUUUACCAUAUAUGCAAAGCAAAACCAUUAUGUUUCCUUUUUUUUUUUCAGAGUACUUCAGUGGCCUUGAUAAUAAAAAAAAAAGUGAUACUGUACCUUUGAAUAGUUCUGCAUCAAAUUAAAGAGAAAACAAAUACACUCUCUGCAGGGUAGCUUUGAAAGCCUUUCAUUUUUCGUAAGCACUUGGGCGUUUUUGUCUGCUCUGUGAAAACGGCAGGAAAUAGCUCCAGCCAUCAAUACAUUUGCGUCUCAUCUAAUCAUGUAAAUGUGUCACAUCCUUUUUUAGGAAGGAAAUAAAUCUAAAAAAAAAGCUUACUGACUGUCACAGACCGUGGUAACACUCUUUUUGAUUUGACAUACUUUCAAGACUUUGAUAGUUGGAGUAGUUUGACUGAAGUGUUUGCUCUAAAUAGAAAUUAGUGCAUCAUUGUUCUGUUUGAAGCUAUCAUGCAUCCCUCUGAGAUUACGCUUUUAGUUCUGUCUUCUGAGACUUCAAGGACUGUGUCAGUAUUCCUGCAGGUCAACCAUCACACUAUAUUUUUGAGGACACUUAUGCACAGACGCAUUAAGAACCUUUCCCAACUAACUGAAUGGACUAUAGGCAUCAUAUGUAGAAUCCUUUACAUGUUCAUGUUUUUUUUUUUUAAAUCUCAUCAGUCUGUUUCAUACUUUGAUUACUGAAAAUAUGGAGCAGAGGCACAGUGUCAGCAAACAUUCAGCAAAUACUGUGACUUCAGAGCCUCAUACUGCACAGUGUAAAACAAAAUUAACAGUUAGGUAUUUACCCAUUGUAGAUGAGUCACCAGACCUCAAGGCUAAGUGGAUUUUUGCAUCCUUAAAUAGAUUUAGAGUCACUAUUGCCUGAGGAUUUAGUGGAAGUUUUGCUCCGUACUAUUCACUGUCUGAAUCUCAUGAAAAUUUUGGGAUGUGUAUCAGACAUAGAUCUCAUUCUGUUGAUGUGUCUGGACAGUUAGAUUAUUAGGGGAGUAGCUGUGCUGUUUGUUGUUUGUAAGUAACUGAAGGUAUGAAAGGAUGCCAGAUACUAUUUGCUCAGUUUUUGGCUUCGUUCCUGCUGUGCUGAGGAUAUUUAAAGGCUGCAGUUGUCAGUGGAAGUCAUGCUUAUACUUACGGUCAAAGUCAGAGUAUCGGGUUGUCAAUGCAACCCAAUAGGUGCACUGCCUUUUCAUAAAAGAAGGGCCAUUACAGGCCGAACAGACUAACAGACUAACUUCAAGUUUUUGUUCACAAUGCUUUUUUUAAAAUCCAGCAUGAGUUUGAUGUAUUUUGGGAUGUAUUUACUCCAUGAUCAGAUGUUGCUUUCAUGGAAAUGCACCAUUUUACUCCAUUUACCUUUAGAUAUACAUUGAUGUUAACAGACCAUUGCUAAAUAUAUGUCAGCAAAAGAUAAUAAGGGCUGAGUUUUAGGGUCGAAAACAUUUGCAAGAGUCACAAAUUCAGUGCAAUAGCAAAAAAACAAAUCACAGUUGGAUUAGUCACUUUAACUUUUUGGCUUUUGAGAGUCUGCAUACAAAAAUCCUAAUAAAUCUCAACUGCAUCAAACUACUACAGAAAUGGCUAGAAAGAAGCAACUGAGUAAAGAAACAAAAGUACAGACUUGUAUAUUGAGGACAGAAGGAUACACAGAAAGAGAAAUUGCCUAAAGGUGUUUAACAAAGGAGUCCACUACACUCUGAAGAGACUAGAGGAACUUGGAAGUUAUGAUGAUAGAAAAAGACCUGGAUGAAAGAGAGUUACUCUUGGUCUGAAGGGUUGUGUAUCUGCAAAAAACACUACUUCGUCCACAGAACAAGAAAAAGAGAUAUGAGUGGGCAAAAGCUCACAAAAAUUGGACUUAUGAUGACUAGAAACAAGUUUGCACUGUUUGGUUCAAAACGCAGAGUCUAUGUCUGCAGACAAACCGGUGAACGUCUGAAAGCACCAUGUUUUACACCCACAAUUUCAAUUCAAUUCAAUUCAAUUCAAUUCAGUUAUUUUAUUCGAUUAGCAUUUAAAAUCCUCCCACAACAGAUACAUAGUAAAUUUCAAAAGCAUCAUAAAGCUAAUUGAAAAGGUGUAGGCUGAAGCUCAUGCUUAUUUUGCCUACCCUUUUUACAAAAAAACAAAAACUUUAGCAAGGCGACUCUUUAACUACAAUUCAGCAUGGAGAUGGUAGUUCCAUGGUAUGGGGAUGUUUUGCAGGUGAUGGAGUAGGGGCUUUGUUUGAAGUAAAGGGUAUCAUGAAGAAGAAACAGUACCACUCCAUCCUCCAGCACCAUGCUGUUCCAUCUGGACUCAGACUUAUGGCUCAUAAGUUUGUUUUGCAGCAAGACAAUGACCCUAAGUAUUCUGCCAAGCUCUGUCAGGGUUACCUAGACAAAAAAGAAGAGGAAGGUGUUCUUCAAAAGAUGGUUUGGCCCCCUCAGUCUCCAGACCUUUCUCCAAUUGAUGAAUCGAUCGGUCAGAAAAACGCGUACCACAAAUCAGCAGUCUCUUUUUAAUGAACUUAAGAAAGCUUGGAAUGUAAUCCCUGGAACAUACCUUAAAAAACUUGUGGAACGAAUGCCUGGUAUAUGCCAAGCUGUUGCUAAAGCUAGAGGAGGUUACUUUAAAGAAAGCAAAGUCUAAGCAACAAUAACUCAAAUACCUAAUAAUUAUAGUCAAAAUGUCUUCUGAUAAGUUACUCUUUACACAAUAGUCAUGUUUAUUGUGUUGCAAAUUCUAUAUAUGAAACUAUGAUCUUUUUUUGUACAAGUGUGAUCUUAUAUAUAUAUAUAUAUAUAUAUAUAGAUGGAUAGCCCACUUAAUACUGCAGUAGCUCCCUUGGGCUUAUGAUUUACACAACUGCACUAUCAGGUAACUUGUGAUCUCUGCUCUCCAGCGUUAACACAGUAGAUCCUCCCCUCUGUCCUUUGGUCACUGACUGUAGUUCCUUCUCUUUAAAUUCUUGUUCAUUAAAGUGUCCUCUUGUGCCAUUGUUCCUAUAAGAAAUACUCUAUUUUUAGUUUGGCUUUGUCCCUAAAUUGUUGCACCAUAAAGCUGCCGGAUUACAUAAGCAACAAAUACCGGCGUAUUCUCCUCAAACAAUGUUUGCAAUACAUCAAGGCCAAAAAAAUGUUCAUUAGGGACUUCAAAACAUCCAGAUUUUCUUGUCAUAAUACCAAAAAAGUGUCUUUGUUGCUGGUAAACAGAAGGUGGUCAAAUGAGCAGAAGACCUAUAAAAGCUAAAUAAUAUUGUGUCCGCAUUUAAGCCUCAAGUGUUUUAAUAGAACUUGCCCACCUAACUUUAAAAAUUAUGCAGAAAAUGAGGCUCUUCAACAGAUGCUUAAAACUGGGCUCAUCAGUAAGCAUGCCCUAAUUAAAUCUGUAUUAACACAGUAAGAGUCUGCAAAUGUGGAAGACAUAGCACUCAUCAUGUUCUCUUUCAUGUUCUCUUAAUCUUGAUUUAAGCAUUUUCUAUGUUAGAGGUUAUAUUUAAGCAUUUCUGUACGUUCGUUGCCAUUGAGAAAGAGGCAGCAGAAGAGCCUGCUAGUCACCGGUGCUCUCACAGAGAAGGCACUGUGUUUCUCAUUUUCACUUGCUCCCCCUCUCUUGAGCUCCUUUCCUCUCUCCAUCUCAGCCCCCCUGCCCCCCUACAUCCUCACCCUGCUUUUCCACUGGCACUGCAAAUAACCUAAGAAAGGUUAACAGGCACCUGGCUGUAGCCUGUGAGAACACUGGCUUCUUUCUCGCCUUGCAGGACAGCAGAUGAGCUGUUUUAACCCCGUGGCGCAUGGUGUAUCAAGGAACUUUGUGUGUGUGUGUGCGCGUGUGAGUGUGUAGACCCUUGGCAAAAAGGGAAGCGCUGUACAAGCUGCAUUAGAGGCGUGAGAACUGAUCGUCAGCUUUUCUGUUUCCUGAGAUCAAGGGUGCUUAGGUUGUCUGAAGAUGCUGAGAUAGUUGUAAUCUGUCAGAUGUUUUACGGCAUACAGAAAAAUAUCCCUGGAAUAACUUUUCUUUCCUCCUCUUACUUGUUGUGAUUCAUCCUCUUGCUUAAUAUUCAAUACCUCGCCACAGCCCUGGUGUUUAUUUCCUUCAUUUUCCACUGCCCAUGAUGCAGCGUUACAGAAUCAAAUCUAAAGCACCUCUGUUGAUAGUAUUCAGACCUAGUUGUGCAUUUUUCUCCUCGCAUAUGACUGUCUGCGCUGAUUAUUUCGGUCUGUGUUUCCUUUUCUCUCUCAUUAUCUCUCACCAUCUUCCCCUGCAGGUGUGUUAUUUGUGUGUGUCUCUCUCUCUCCACAGGUGUCAUUCUUCCUGUUUAUUGUGUUUGUGGUCUACACCAUGCUGCCGUUCUCUAUGCGGGACGCCAUCAUCGCCAGCGCCCUUACCUCCGCCUCGCACACCAUCGUAUUGAGUGUCUGCCUGUCCACCACAGCUGAUCUUAUGGAGCCUGUAGUGUGGCAGGUAAGGUGAACUAACAGAAGUGUGGGUUCAUGCGAGGUAGGACUCAGAGAAUGUGCACAGCUUAUUGACACACGUAGGUGCUUCUGAAUCCAUUCAUGAUUACACACAUGCUUUAUGAACAAUAUAUAACUGAGAAGUGCGUGAAGAGAAAAGCUUACUGCAAACACAGACUGACUAAAGAAAAAAAUAAGGUAAGGUAAGGUAAGGUAGACUUUAUUGAUCCCACCAGGAUAAGAAGACUCAUACAGACAGCAAACAGCAUGGAGACAUCAGAAAAACAUAAACUCAACAUCAGAUACACAACAGACACAGUAAAAGCCAAUAAAACAUGAUUUAAAGUGGUACAAUAAAAGAUAAAGACAUGAUUAAAUACAACAAAAGCCUGAUAAAAAUGAAUUAAUACUAAAAUAAACACCUCUACAAACUACACAGCAGCACCAAGUCAGACCCUAGCAUAUACUAUUAAAUAAUCUCACCGUUACUGGAACGAAAGACCUUCUCAGUCGUUCAGUGGAGCACUUAGGCAUCACAAGUCGCUCACUAAAUGAACUCUCAAGACCUUUAAAGACACAGUGCAACAGACGAUCUUUGAAGCCCAGGAUUAAAUCUGAUUUAGACCUGGUCCUCCUCUCAACAAUGGCCUCAAGAGACUCUGAGACUAAACCAUCUUGUUGAUCUUAUUUUUGUCAUCAGACGAUAUGCCCCCCCUCCCCCAACAAAGUACAACAUUAAAAAGGACACUAGCCAGAAUACCUUGGUAAAAGACAUCCAGAAGCCUAGUGCUGACACUGACAGAUCUAAGCUUUCUGAGAAAGAAGAGUCUAGAUCGAGUCUUCUUCAAUGAGGCCUGGGUAUUUUCUUUCAAGUGUAAUUUAUUGUCCAAGUGGACACAAAUGUAUUUAUAGGACUCAACAAUUUCAAUCUGCUUGCCUUUUAUCGACAGGGGUAGGACCUCCCCUUUUUUCUUUCUAAAAUCAAUAAUCAACUCUUGUUUGUUUCCUAUGUUAAGCUUCAAAAAUGUAUACUUGAUUAAUUUCUUUGGAUUACACUGAUUUGCUUUAUUGCCGGGUGCUUAUCUGAGACGGCUGAAUAAAACAAGGAAGGUUGUAAACACCUUCAGAAUAAAUCAUGAAUAUAUUAAUUAUUAAAACAAACUUGUCACAUUCGAUUAAAUGUGAUCAUGUAUGUGAAUGAAGCACUUAUGAUAUCAGUAUUUAAAUACCAUAAGGUCCAGCAACUGCUUACUAUCAGGUUUUAAUUUUUAAUCUAAGUCAAUCAGAAGUGAAAAUAUUUAGCUGAUUUUCCUUUGACCUGCGACUCUUGACCUGUUACUUCUUAGGGUUUGUAACUGACUAAAAAAUAGCAGUUUACUUUGACUGACUGACUACAAAUGGACCAGUGUUUUUAUGUAAGCCACUUCAAGGUUGUUGCUGAAUGUUGCCAUAAGCAGAAGUGUUGACCAGUGGUUGACAUCUUGCCAAGGCUUUUAGUACACACUGUGAGAGCUCACAGCGCCAAAAGCAUGUAAAACACAUAUGAAGCUGUUCAGCACUCUGCAGACAAUACAAACAGAUCAUCCCUCUAUACCGAAAACAAAGACAAAAGUCGCACAGUGCAGUGUCUGUCUUAUUUUUUCAGACAUUGCUAAAGCCCUGUCAAUACUUGCCCAGAAAAUAUAACCACUGUUGUCUGUUUUUUUUUUCUUUUCAUUAUUAUCUGUGUGAAAUCUUGACUGCAUUGUUUUUUUUUCCUUUUAGACAUUGAGUGUUUUUCACAAUGAAUAGUCCCUGGCCAUUUUAAGCAUGCAGCCUGUAUUUUUAGCAAGCAAACAAAUAUGACCUUUAAACUAAAACUAGGUUUGCACAGCAGGUGAGCGAUAGAAAUUCUAAUGUGUUUUUUUCUAAUACUCUAUUAAAAGGUCACCCCUAUUUCCUGCAGCAUUGCUGUUAAAAGCACAAAAUGUUCACUUCAGGCUGUUGCUUGGGAAAGAGAAAUGAGUAGUGGUAUCAGUAAACAAAUGAUCUUGCUUUAAAAAGGGCUUAGAUUAAUUUGAGCUCAUUCUGACCUGAUUUCAAGCAACAGUGAUUUCUGAUGCACCUAUGGGUAAAUUCAACGAAUGCAUGAAGGAAAACAGCUUUCAUUAAAUAAGCAAGUUAGAAAAGCCAUUCCUUCAAGUCAGAGAUUUAAUAAUCCAGCAUCUAAUUUACCCUUUCAGAAUUCAAUCACAAAGCACAUUUCUAACCAAAAGGACACAACAGUAAUUAGUUAUGAUUUUUUUAUCCCAAAAACGUUCUACAGAGAAAUCCUUCUCUGUGUGGAUAGCAGUUUGUUUCUGGCUGAGUUGUGGUUAUGUUAUUAAUCUUUUUCACUGAUGGAUUUCAUCUAUAUGGUGCAAUAUUUCAUCAUAUAAUGUAAGUUUCACUGAGGCUGUUUAUAUGGCCUUCAUCAGGCUCAAUAUGAAGGCUAAAAGCAGAAGAUAAGAUUAGAUAAGAAAGGACAAACCUUUAUUCAUCCAACAGUGGGGAAAUUUGCAAUGUGACAUUGCAAAAUGCCGAUUAAUAAAGUUUUUUUAUUUUUUAUUUUUUUACUCCAAGUGUCGCUGGAUUUUCAAAGCUUUUUGUACUUUUCUUCGAUCUCCAUGCACCUUGGGAGUUCAAUAGGUGAAGUUUUGCCAGACUCCAUUUAUACUCCUGAAGCUUUUCUUUUUUAAGUAUCUCCAACCAAUCGAUAGCAAGCAUUAUGCAUUCUUUACCAAGCACUGGGACAACGAGGAGCCAUCUCUCCGGAGGAAUAGGAAAUCAUUCAUAAUGUCACAUUUUAAGGCGUACUGUCAUUGAAAUAGUAGAAAAACAUCCCCUGUGUUCCAGUUUUCCUCAUAAACUCACGUAAUGAUAGUAAAUUUUGACAGCUUGUGUAUUUAAAGCCCUCUCUCUGAACUCAGUGACUCAGACUCUUGUGCUUAUAUCUUCGUGUCUCUAUGUAUACCGAGUGUUCAGCUUUCACAACCAGCCCUCAGUGCCUUUGUGAAAAGUCUGCAGUGAUGGCCUGCUAUUUGGACUCAGCCCUCAGUUCAUCCAUGUGUGGCUGUAGAAUGGCAUCUGGGCAGCCUGGGGCUUUAUGCUGCAUGGUCACUUUCUGUCAGCUCCUCUGGUGUAUUGUUGUAUUAAAUCAGCUGACAAGGAGGGUCUUUUGAGUGAUUCUGCCUUGGAAGAGUAUUGGAAAACAACACGAGUUACACCUGAACAAGAUUUCUUUUUUUAACAUAACUCAACUUUUUUUCAGUUGAGUUAUGUGAUAACUAAAAUGUAUUCCACCUGAGUAAAAUAUUCUGCAGUGCUCAAUGUAUACCCAAAAGAUGGGUUUUAUUUAAAGCUUUUGAGAGGAAAUCCGUAUUUAUGCUGAUUCUGGUGCCCCCCUGUGGACAAGGUAGUACCUCAUACUUAUUUGCUGAUCUUGUCCUGGACAUACUGUAUGUAGGAAGAUGGCUUCCUGUGUAAUUUUUGUGGUUAUUUUGUGUGUGUGUGUUCAGUUACAAAGACAUUAUUGUGAGUAAACAGAUUGUUGCUCAAUCUGCAGCAAAGAUGGCAUGCUGGGCUGAAUGUGCUAUUGCCAAAGACCAGAGUGCCUCCUAGUAAACAUAGACUUGGCCAAUUCCUGGAUGGUCUCUGUGUUUUUAAAAGGUAUUGUACUUGUUGUUUCUGUGAUUGACAUUGUCAUCUGUCACUUUGUCAACUGUUCUCAAGGCCAAGCCUCUGUUGUGGUUUUAACAAUGGCAGGGGGUCUAUUAGGCAUAAAUUCUAAGUAUUGCUCUUAGUUGUCCUUCCAGAUGGCUGCAAUUUGCGGAAAGGCAAAGCAAGAGAAUUAAGUAAUCGAAACACUAGCUUAUAAAAGAAACCGGUGCAUUUUCAAGGCUUGAUGGACACUUUGAUACUCGAUCUUGUAACACAGAUGAUUAAAAGCUAAAGAUAUGUAUCUAUUAAGGCUUUUUUUCCCCUUUCACUGCACCUGUCUCUGGUGUAGCUCAGAUUGCAUAAUCACAUAGAGGUACAGACUGUGUACCAUGGAAACAACACCCUCAGUGUUCAGGUAAAUAUCUGAUUUUAUAACCUGAUGCUCACUGACUUUAACACCUGUACUGAUGGGUUGCUGGUUCUCAUUAUAAACUGACAUUUGCCUGGAGAGGCGUGAAAGAUCAAAUAGAGGCAUUCAAAGGUUCCUGAUAAAUUUAAGGAGAUCCAUCCCUAUAGAAAUGCUAAUCCAAGAUUGUCUAAGGACCUACUGAAAAUGCAAGCAGAUAUUUAUGAUAAAGGGUAUCAUAGAUUUUCAUUACUAACCAAAGGAAGAGAGAAAAUGUAAAACAGAUUUACAAAAUCUGUGAUAGAUAAAAACCCAUUGUCCAUAAACUUUCAUCCCCUCCAGCUUUUCUCCCUCUGGCUCUAAGACACAAACAAAAACACAUCUCUUUAAAAGGUCAUAAGUAACCGCUUAUGUAUGAGGUUUUUGAAGUAAUCCAAAAGUGAUUGUUUUACAUAACAUGAUUUGAUCUGUUUCUGUGAGAUCAGGAGCUGUAUUUCCAUUCUGUUGUGGGUCUGAUUUGAUUAGGAGCAAUUUUUUUCGUGUGUUGUCAUGGAGCCAGAAAAAAGGACCUGUGUCAACCUGCAUGACUAUAUGUGCUGCACUAGAGGAGUAAGUGCGAGAGGGAUUCAAAACACAAAAACAAAACAUCCAUGUAUGCUGUUUGUGCAUCCUUCUUUAUAAAGUUUUGAAUCCAUCAUGCAUGCUGGUAAUUGAGAGCAUGUUUGCACAUUAAUGCAUAUAUGUGCUCAGUGCUGUUGUGCAAUAAACAUUAUGUACUUACAGUCAGGCGACAGAAAUGCAUCCACCAUCAGGAAUUUUUGUUGCACCAUUUCUACUUCACUUGCACUCCCUGUUUUGCAGAUUUUUUUCUUUUUUUCUUUCACCAAACCAGUUGAUUAAAAACAACAAUGAGCAUUGUUUCAGAUUGGGAUCAUUUCUUUAUUAAUUUGUCAAAGUAGCUCAAGUUGUUGUUCAUUUCAGUUUGCAGUACUAACCAUAACCAGAAUUUCAGUCAGUUUUAUACUUUAGAGAGGUUCCUGUAAGGCAGGAAGUGUGCAUGAAUGCAUUUUCAGCCUCUGCAUUUCUCUGGCGACUUGCCAGUGACGUCUAACCUUUUGUGUCGUGACAAGCUUUGUCCCACGUCUUCCUUUUAAGAUAAGAGCAGUGACGUUAGAAGGAUGCUUUAAGGCUAUCAGAGGAUAACUUCUGGACAGAAUAUACAGAAAAAAAUCUGCUACUUUCUAUGAAAUAGAAGAUAAUUAGAAAAAGGCAUGACUGAUUGACUCAGAGCAACAAAAUGUAUGUUUUUUUAAAUCUGAUUUUCUCUUUCUGUUUGAGUAAGUUUCUGUGGUUGGAUGAGUAUAGAUAUCAAAUAUUUACCCUUUGUUCCAUGAACAUCAUUGCGCAUUUAUCAAGCCUUUGGAACUUAACUAAAGAAAAUAAAAAAGAUUUAUCUGUAUAGAUGUUUUUUUUAAAACCAGAGACUUAAAGUAGCAGUCUAGGUUGUUCGCAGUUUUGAUGGUUUUGACUGUUAGGAAAAGCUGUAUCCGGAUAGUAAAGGUCCCCACACACUGGGAACGACACAAAUAUACAAUGUGGAAAUUACAAAAUAUUUGGAGGCGAAUUUUGACACGCCUGACUGUACACAUCAAGUGCAUUGUGAUUUUGCGACUUUCCGGGGGGAAAAAAAGAUGCGUUCUGGGUGGAAGCGAGACUGACUGUUUUUCAGUUCUGAUUAGACAUUAUUGUUGAGAUGUCUGUCUGUCAUGAUAGCAUGUACUGAGUCAGGGCCAGUACCAGAUAAGCACAUUAAACUAUAAUCCAUAAACGUAAGGUAACAACUGAGACCUAAUGGUGUUGUGACAGCAACAUGGUUAAGUUUGAGACAGUGAAAAUACAUAUGAUAUGUUGUAUCUGAACAGGUUAGCUUACGAGCUAAAGUUACUUAGCACAGAUGGAAGUUAAAACAAAGACGUUUAGCAAACUGUUAAAGCACACAAACCAUCGUCAUAUGAGAAAUCGGACGCUAUGACACUCCACAAGUUGUCCUUCAGGUCGUUAUCUUUGUCAUGUUUGUGUUUUUCAUCAAAAAGCACUCUGUUCUCCGACACAUAAAUGAUCGGCCGGUCAGCCAUAUUGGAUAUACCUGUGAAUCUGACGACGCAACAACAUGAAAUCUGAUUGGUCAAAAGUGGACACACAGUAUUCAAAACUUUAGAAAAAUCGACCAUGAUCUGAAAAAAAUAAAUGCCGUAAUAUCACAGGACGGGAAAACAUCACAGAUAUGAAUGCUUGUAUUGACAGGAUACGGGUUCUAAAAAAAUAUUGACGUCUGAAAUAAUCGCACGAAAAAAACGCUCCUAAUAUGUAAGGACCUUUAAGCCCUGAAAAUGUCAAACUUAAUGAGAAAUGUACACUCACCGGCCACUUUAUUAGGUACACCUGUCCAACUGCUCGUUAACACUUAAUUUCUAAUCAGCCAAUCACAUGGCGGCAACUUAGUGCAUUUAGGCAUGUAGACAUGGUCAAGACAAUCUCCUGCAGUUCAAACCGAGCAUCAGUAUGGGGAAGAAAGGUGAUUUGAGUGACUUUGAACGUGGCAUGGUUGUUGGUGCCAGAAGGGCUGGUCUGAGUAUUUCAGAAACUGCUGAUCUACUGGGAUUUUCACGCACAACCAUCUCUAGGGUUUACAGAGAAUGGUCAGAAAAAGAAAAAAUAUCCAGUGAGCGGCAGUUCUGUGGGCGGAAAUGCCUUGUUGAUGCCAGAGGUCAGAGGAGAAUGGCCAGACUGGUUCGAGCUGAUAGAAAGGCAACAGUGACUCAAAUAACCACCCGUUACAACCAAGGUAGGCAGAAGAGCAUCUCUGAACGCACAGUACGUCGAACUUUGAGGCAGAUGGGCUACAGCAGCAGAAGACCACGCCGGGUGCCACUCCUUUCAGCUAAGAACAGGAAACUGAGGCUACAAUUUGCACAAGCUCAUCGAAAUUGGACAAUAGAAGAUUGGAAAAACGUUGCCUGGUCUGAUGAGUCUCGAUUUCUGCUGCGACAUUCGGAUGGUAGGGUCAGAAUUUGGCGUCAACAACAUGAAAGCAUGGAUCCAUCCUGCCUUGUAUCAACGGUUCAGGCUGGUGGUGGUGGUGUCAUGAUGUGGGGAAUAUUUUCUUGGCACUCUUUGGGCCCCUUGGUACCAAUUGAGCAUCGUUGCAACGCCACAGCCUACCUGAGUAUUGUUGCUGACCAUGUCCAUCCCUUUAUGACCACAAUGUACCCAACUUCUGAUGGCUACUUUCAGCAGGAUAAUGCGCCAUGUCAUAAAGCUGGAAUCAUCUCAGACUGGUUUCUUGAACAUGACAAUGAGUUCACUGUACUCAAAUGGCCUCCACAGUCACCAGAUCUCAAUCCAAUAGAGCAUCUUUGGGAUGUGGUGGAACGGGAGAUUCGCAUCAUGGAUGUGCAGCCGACAAAUCUGCGGCAACUGUGUGAUGCCAUCAUGUCAAUAUGGACCAAGCUCUCUGAGGAAUGCUUCCAGCACCUUGUUGAAUAUAUGCCACGAAGAAUUGAGGCAGUUCUGAAGGCAAAAGGGGGUCCAACCCGUUACUAGCAUGGUGUACCUAAUAAAGUGGCCGGUGAGUGUAUAUGGCAUGUUCCUGUAGCUUAAGCUGCCUUCAUAUUGCCCAUUUUGUCCAACAAACAACUCCCACAGGUAAAUCCUUACAUUCGAGUCACUGACCUGUUAUCCUGGCUGCACUCAGUCUUGAAAUGUGGACAAAAUGUCUCUCUGAACGUACUUCCCAUUCGGUGCUUACUGAGGAGGGGGAUUUAAAGGUCACUGGUCAAGACACUGCAAUCUGCUGGGAAGCAUUUGGUGAAGAAGGUUAUUGACAAGUGCCAUACUAAUCCUCAAACCCCUGUGGUUUAAAGGUGAAAGUAUCUGUAGCUGCAACAUAAACUCAAGUGUUGUUAAGUUGGAAUAGCUUAAAUUAUCCAGCAAACUCUUCCUGAAUCUUAAGCCAUGAGUCCUUGGCUAACAUUGACCACAGUGAGACUUGGAUAUAACAACAACAAAAACUGUUUUCUGGUUAUGUUUAUUUCAAAAGAACAGAAUUGUGCACCAGUAUUAGGCUGGCAACUUGGAGUAACAAAGAUAAGCUACCAGUUAUUCUGCAUUCAGUUAAGUUUAGCAACACUGAUGCCACUGCUCAGAGAAAAGAGGUCAAACAAAGCUAUAGCAACACAGACAAAGUAGCUUGCUACAACAAAGCUAUUUUCUUUUACAACAGUAUAUUAAAGCCAGUAUCAGUGCUAGUUUUGAUCUUGACAAAAGUUUAGGACAAAAAUCAGCAUCAUCUGUUGGUAGAUGGUGUCCUUCAAAUAAGCUCACCACCAACGCACAUACAUACUUUUGUGUGAUGUACAAUAGUAACUGAACUAUUGUCCACUCACUCAGCUUUUUCUCCACCUUAACAUCAGUUUAUCAUACCAGAGACUUGUAAAUGUCUGCCAUUAAACGUUCACACUCAUGUACGUCCCUGUAGUCAGUGUGCAUAUAAACCGCUCAGGGGUUUAAGCGAGAGGGCACCAUGCUGACAUCUCCACUUUGUCAAGUCCAUUAAACUUUACUGUGCUGCCUCACUAGAGUCUCAAUGAAGCGGCUAAUUUAUUGAAGAGGUGAAAGCCCUGUGCUGGACCCAUAUAACAUUUAAAACAUUGAAUUUCUUUUCUUCUUUUGGGGUUUAGAAGAUACACAGACAUUAAAAUGCCAUCUUUUGAUUUAUAGAAAGCUUUUCACAGCAGUUGAUAAAAAAUGUUUUAUCAAACAAAGAUCUUUUCUUUCAAAGUUCAUGCCUUUAAUACUUUAUAAAGGCUUCAUGGCAAAAUGAAAAGUGUAUGUUGCCCAUUGUUUUUCAUAUAACAACACCCUUUACAAACCUUAGCAACUUUAAAUGUACGUUUUGUCAUUAGUUGCUCAGUGGUUAAUUAUCAAUAAUUCAUCACAGCAGCCAAACACUGUUCAAGCUCUUUUUUUUCUCACAGACACUCAGGGGGAGCAGCUGCUGAAUAUUAAACGUGGUACCUGUUUGAAGGGAAAGGCAUCAUUUGAAUCCAAAUGAUAGUCUUUGCCUUUGCAGACUUAAUAUUAAACUUUCAUGUCUGUCUGAUUUCUCAUCUGUUAAUGGAUAAAAAAUGAGUUCAGGGUUGAAAGAUUUUGUCACUUCUUACAUAUGCAUCAAGAAUUUGGGGUUUGUAGCUCAUAAAUAGAUUGAUAGAUCUUCAGAAUUAGAUUUUGUUACCAGAGCAGAGUUUCUGUUAGAUAGUGAGUUAUAGUGUUCGGUAGUCUAAGGUGUUAGUGCUUGUUUCUGUCAGGUCAUUGGACAAGAGUCACCUUCACACUGAUCAUAGAUAGCUGUCUUCCUCCACCCAUAGCUGUGUAAUGAUAGUCAUAAUAGCCUGUAUAGGGUUCAGCCUUCUGAUUCACAUAAUCCCAGAAUUCACCAGCAAUGCUCUGAGCCCUUUCGAGGCCCUUCCAGCCUAACCUUACUGUUAUCUGUAAUUGGGCAGCAGUGAGGUAUGGAUGAUUCACACACCCAGCUGAACCACACAGCUGACCUUUGAGAUGCCUGUAUCGCUGUCAGUGUAUUGUCUAACAGAUGUCAACUAAUAGAGAGGCAUCCAGGUCAGACUGAGAGUAAUUUCAUCUGUAGCUAAACAAUAAAUUUAAACUUGAAGACACCUGUUUGCAUGUGUGUGUUUUGAUUUGAUAAUAUUAGUUAUAUUUGGAUGUUUUUUACAGCAUGAUGGGAACAUAUCAGACUCUAGUUUUUUCUGCUUAAAAAAAAUAAAGUCAGACAUUGGAGUGCACCCAAACAUCUUUGUGUUAUAAGUUGAAGCCUGGUCGGAAGAACACCUCAAAGGGAAAUCAUUUUGUUGUGUGCAUAUUGACUGUAUAAAAAGGAUAGCGUACUGGACACCUACCUAAAAGUGAAGCCAAAACAUUAAAAACCGUCUGUAGUGGCUGGCUGCAGGGUAGGUCUUAAAGCCUACCUUCUCUGUGUUCACAGAUGAGACUUAAACCAACGUAUCCUAUUGUCACCCUGUUAAAAUAAUUGCCUAAGUCAAUAAAUGUAAAUGUUCUUUAUUUAUACAGCCCUUUACAACAACCCUUUUGGUCGACCAGAGUGCUUUACAAUACAUAGUAAAUAAAAAUGAAUAAAUAAAAACAAUAAAAAGAAAUAAAAGCAAUAAGAAAGAAGAAUAAGAUACAAUACAAUAAAAAAGUAAAAGUGUCACCAUACUACUAGGUAUUAGAAGCCUGCAUAAAUAAAUAUGUUUUCAGUUGAGACUUGAAAAGGCCCAGGUCAGAAAUAAGUCGCAUUUCGGUGGGGAGCUUAUUCCAGAGCCUGGGACCAACAUCUGCAAAGGCAAUGAUCAAGUUUUUCUUUAGAAAUUUUUCUGAAUACUCUCUGAAAAUGGCCUAACUCACACUCUUUACAUAGGGGAUUAUACUACAAGGAUAGUAUCACAUGAUCUGUUCAACUGAGGAUUUAGGCAAUUCUACCAGAGAUGGGCAGCAUCAUGAAGGACUGAAGAAUAUAAGAAGGUGAUAAUCUUAGAAAUACACAUCAAAAAUACACAUUAAUUUUCCUUUAUUUAGCUAGCCCUCAUCGUGCUGAAUGUUGCCCGGAUAUAGAUUUUUUCUGAGAGCUCGGUUUUUAUUGGUUAUUUGUAGAGAUGGAAGAGGAGGACCAGUUCCAGAUGAGAAACCGUUCUAAUGAGUUUAAGCCAACAUCAUUAUUUGUCUUUAUGUUGAAUGUGUCCCCCUAUCAGUGCCUUACAUUUAGUCCUGCAUGCCUUGCAAAACAGUAGCAUCACACACUGCAAGAGGCAGUCAGCUAGAAUGACAACCAGUUGUUUGUCGGGGCAGUAAUCGUGCUGGGCGGGAGACCAAAGGAGGUCAAACUGUGGCUGAAUCUUAAGCGAAAUGAUGCUAACGUCACAAUAUGCGAUCUCCAUAGCUGUGUGAUUUCGAGCAAGGCUGGAAACAAGGUUGAAGUUGUCAAGGCACUAAAUAUCAGGAGUGUUAUGUGUUUGAUGCUCUGUGCUGUGUUCUGGUUUACAGGCCGACAGGCAUCUUUCAAACAUCUCACAUGUUCAUCUCACAAACACUUGAUAUCUGGGUUUUUUCCUGUGUCCCAACAGCUGUCACGACCCCAACUACUGCUGACCCAUUAGGCUGAAAGUUGCCAGUUAACACGGUCACCCUUUAAAUUUAAACGAGUACUACUCAUCAGAGUAGUGAAAGUAUGCAUGUCUUAUAUUGGCACACAAAUGAACGUAAAUUGAACUUUAGGCUCGUUUUUUCUGAGGCAGGAAAAAUUCACAGGAAUUGGACCAAUAAAUAAAACCAAUAAUGGCAUUGAUAAAUAGAUCAGUAUAUCCUUGUUAUUUGGUACUAUGAAAAAAAAAAUCUUAUUUCCACCAGUCUAGCAGACACAAAAGCCACGCUAUUCUCCUGAAUCAGUCUCUGAGUUACUUUUCAGUUUCACUAGAGCAGUACUCUUCACAGCCUUCACCAAAAAGUAUUUUUUAUUUUAAAUUAUGGUUUUGAUAACUGCAACUUCAUGGCAGUACUUCUCACUGAAGUGUUUGAUCAUCAAAUGCGUCACAUUUUUGAUUGAGGGACUCACAAAGAGGGACUUUUUAAUGAGAGAUUAUAAAAUACUAAACAAUAUAAGAGCUGCUGUCACCCUCUCUGUAAGCCAGCUUUCAAAGGCCUCUGUAAAUCUUGUGUUUGCUUUCAGCCGUCAUGCAAUUUUCUGAGCCCUCUGCUCUCAGCACCGUUCGAUUACACAAGGUCAGACUUUUUUGUCUGGCUCUGUAUGCAAAAUCAACAGCUCCAACCCAAGGCUUGUGAAUAUGGUGCAUUUGAUUGGAAAAAAAAACGUCAGUAUUUCUUGUUUCAGUACUGAAAAUGAAAGUAGGGAACCAUAAAACAAAAACUGUGAUGCACACAUGCACCACUCAUGCUUUAUGGUCUCUGUUUAAUAUGUUUACAGAAGUCUAACAGGAAAGUGUGACAGUCAGCGUUUUAACAUAUUUAUAUGAUGUACAUUUAGAGAAGCAUAUGUGCCGCAGUAAGCAUAUUAUAUACUGCUUUUUCAUAACAAAACAGAGUCCAUCUGCACUGUGUUUUUUUAGGGUUUUAAUUGUGAAUUGUUGCUCAUGGAACAAGUGUAAAAAUGCACUGAUAAGGAGUAAUGUAUGUUUAUGGAGAUUAUGUUUCGCCUAUAGAACUUAUUUGGAGGACAGUGUUAAUAAACUGCAGUACAAAGACAUGUUUGAAAAGGCUGGAAACUGGAAAUCUUUAUUACAGUAAAUGAGUACAGUUGGGGUGCAGAUCGGUAUAGUGGUAUGUGCCAUGUACCAGGCCACAUACUGAAAAGAGAUGCACUGACUUGAAGUGAGUGGUAGUUUUGUGAGAGAGACACAAGGCGGUCCCAAACCAGUGAGUGUAUAUAGGACUGUGUACGAAGAAGAGUGAAGUAUAAGUAGAGAGAGAGAGAGAUACUUUAUUGACAGACUCAAGGUCCAUAGAAAAUGCUCUGUUGAAAUCAUCCAUUUGCUUUAUAUUGCAAACUGAGCUCAAGGUUAGUCGUGCUCCCGGGGGUUUUAUGCAUUCACCUGUCUACCAAAUUCUGUCAUAAAGAUCCUUUAAUGGAGCUGCCUGUGUAGUGCUGCUACAAGAGGUGCAUGAAAUGAGAAGCAAUAAUAUGAAAUGGAAAUAAUACUGAAAACUCUGUACUCCAAUCAUAAUCUGCAUUGCACCCCGUGGUCAAGCUGGAGAGCAUUGGUUGUGGUUUGCAUGUGAUAUUAUGUCAUAUUUAAUGCAAUAUUUUGUUGUUUUAUAGUUCCUGCUGUUCAGGUGCAAUAUUGACUGCAUAAAGAGAACAGCGCACAUGCAGAAGCAAUAAAAUUAUUAUUAUUGCCUCAACUGUUUUCUAUGAAAAUGAAUAUAGAAUGGCCUCAUCGGGAUUGAUUUUCUUUAUAUCUAUGGAACAGAAAACAUGCAUCCUCAGGGUUUGACAAUAUUAGCACAAAAGCCUGUAAUGCUAGGUUAUCACCAGAGCUGCUUAUUUUAUCGACUUUUAAAACAAAUGAAGCAGCAAAUAUCUUGUUUUGCCUAAGGCUUACAUCAGCAAAAAUAAUCUUUAAAAAAUCAAAAUAAGAGCUAAAUAAUAACGAAAGAAAAUCCAUUUUAGCUAGAGUGACUGUUAGCCGCUUGUUUCAUGAACCUAAAUGUCUCGCUGUUUUUGAGUUCAUACCUUUAGAAGAGUAAUGAGAUGGUUGAUGAAGACAAAAUGAAAUUGAUGCUGUUGAUACAUGGUUCGAUUUUUAGACAGGAAAUACUAGAAUAGUGGAAGUUUUGAUUGAACACAUUCAGGUUCCUUAUACUUUUAUUGUAAUGUUUUGAUAUACCUUUUUCAGAGACCAUCUGCUUGGGAGAGCAGUUUCCUUUCAAUUACUCAGUUCAUGAAAAAGUAGACUGAUCCAGUUUUUAUGUGAUUAGCUUAUUGUAUCAAACAUGUCAAGAGUGUUUCAGCAGGAACUUGGGAUCGUAGACUGUAUAUACUAUGGACAACUUGGUUCUGCCUUCCGCCUGUAUACGGAUUUGAAGCCAAAUAGCUCUCAGUAUUUCCAGGAUUUUUUUUCAUUUCCUGAAACCAGCGCCGCACAGUAGCGUUGUGCGCAUUCAGCAGGAGAAUCACCGCGAGUCGCUGUAAUGACGCUCGGCUCAAACAGCGUAUCCCUCCGGUGAGCUACGCAAUCCCUGAACGCCAAUAGGCUGUAUCAGGUGUCAAUCAAAGAAAACAUGAACCCCUAAUAACUUUUAAAAACGGAUCUUCACAGAAAAAAGAGGACUUGAGCACAAACCAGUGUUACAGUAACUACAUGUCAACAUCACAAGCAGGAGGAGAAAAAUGUAUGUUCUGUGUAAUAAAUUUCUUUGCUGGCGGAGGUAGGAUUUAUGACCUAUACUGCAGCCCAUCAACAGAGGGUGCUGUUCUCGGAGUGGCUUCACCCAGCGAGGAGGCAGACUCUGUCCAUUUUAUAUACAGUCUAUGGCCGGGAUAAACACUGUCAGACUAAUUCAGAAGUUUUACUCAAACUAGACAGUCAUAGAAAAACUUUUUCUAUGAAAAACAGUUUUCAUCACCUUAUUGUAAGCCCUUGUAUGAAGGUGUCUGAAAACAAAUAGUUUCUGUUAACUUUAUAAUGUAUAUUUGACUUAACUUAUCUUUAUUUGAUGUAACUCAAGCUUUUUUGUCUAUUUCCUUUACAGAUUUUGGCGAAUAUCAUCAUUUUUAUGUGUGGCAACAUGGCAGGGGCGUACCACAAGCACCUCAUGGAACUGGCACUAAAGCAGACGUAUCAGGACACCUGUAACUGCAUCAAGUCUCCAAUUAAACUGGAAUUUGAGAAGAGACAACAGGUAGGGUGGUAACUCUUUCUUAAUGACGGCUGGGACAGAGAAGUCUGGCAGGCAGGGAGUGAUUGAGUACAGAGUGUAUUGUUCAUGGUGUUGGUGAUAGUGUUAAUAAUGAGGACUCGGUCAUGAGAGAUGAAUUAGGGGAGGGUGGCAGGACUCAGAAUAAUUAUUCUGAUGACUACAAAGAAAUGAGUUUGACUAAUGUAAUCACACACUUAGGACUCGAAGAGUAACAUUUGAUCAGGAGAAAGUAGCUGGUGCUGAUGAUAGGGAUGUUUAAGCUGUUAGUGUUUCUCCUUUCCUAAAAAAACGUAAAACAUUUACUCUUCAGCAAGUUACAUUUAAUGACCCCUUGCUGGAUUUGCUGAAGUUGAACUGAAAAUUGUUAAUAAUGAAAUCCGCAUGGUUUUGUAUGAAGCUGUUGGUGGCCUGUGCCAUUGGUGUGGAGUCCACAGAGCAGAGCGAGUUGUGUUUUGCAGAAUGUGGUAAUUGUUAAUGACCUCAGUUGGUGUGAUGAGUCCCCAGAGCCCCCCCUGUGUUUAACCCUCUUCAGUAAAAGCUAUUUAGCAUCCUGAGGCUGUUGACAGGAAUCUGUGAAUUUGAGUGACAAGACAGAAUGAGUUGCCUCGGAGUUUCUGAGCUGCUCUUGUAUAUCUCCCCCCUGAUAUUUUGUACAUGUUUUUCCUGCACAGCGUUUUUGAUGCUUGUGAUUUAAUUUAGACACCGCUUCAGGCAUUAAAGUGAGACAUUUUCAGAUUUACAUAAAACAAACAGGGACCAAACAACAUUUUUAAAUUGCACCUUCGAUCCCGUACAGUCUCUUGAAUAGUGGAAAGAUAAACUUUUCAAAAAUCCCACAACUUAAGGUCUCAGGAGUACAUCACUAAUAUAUAUUUUUUUUAUUACUAAGCACGGUGCCACAGCAAGAUUACAUUGCCUACCGUCAGCGUUGAGGGAAUGGACUAUCACCAAAACAGCCAGCUUUUAUGAUAUAGCUGCCCUACUUGUAGCUUUUGGCUAGUUAUCCCAUCAGAUGAGGCUGGAACCAGCUGUUGUUGUGAAUGCUCAGGCUUGGGGUGAGGCUGGUUAUCCCAGGGGUAAAUCCAGCUUGUGUUGUUAGAAGUGAAGAUGCCUUGGGUGGAGCGUUUUGCAGCAGCCCCGGAGAGCCACUGCUGCCUGUGACAGAUGGUGGUAACUGUGCAGAGAUACAUUUCUCUCAGGCACUCAUAAUAUAUGCUGUUUGCUGCAUGCUUUUAUCCAAAGUGCCUUUACAGUGCAUGCAUACAUUUUUUUCAUGAGUGAUCAUAGGGGGGUUGGGUAUGUGAACUCAUCUCAAACCUGAAGAUCUGCUGGUGUUGGCCACCUCCACCGACCUUUUCAUAUACACGACUCUGUAAGCUCCAGCAGCCGUGCAGGUACAUGAUCAAUGGAGCUAAAACCUGUUGAGUGACAUUACCUUAAUUAAGAGUUUCCUCCAUUCAUGACCCUCUCCCAACCACAAGAGCAGUUCCUGUUGCUAAUUACCGAGCAGGUAAAAAAAAUUAAACAGCACCCAGAGUGUAAAACAAAGAGAGAGUGAAGCUUCCCUUAGAAGAGUUGUGAGGGGAAUUGCGAUUGAUGAUGACUUCCCUUGACUGUCAAAGAAAUAAUGAGCAGUUUAAUUCUUUUAUUUUGAGUUACAGGAAGGCAGCCUGACACAAGGUGGAGUCCAAUUAACCUUGAAGCUGUCAUAGAGGAUGACAACCUACUGGUGACAGUUUUUGUCUCUGUCUGUUGUCAAAGGUCAAAGCUUCACAAUUAAAUUGAAAAUGAUGAAAAAAGAAAACUCUGUUUGCUGGGAAUGAAAACCCUUUAGCCGCGUUCAGACCAGCCGCGACCUGACGCGACUUGGCGACGGCUCCCAAUGCAAAGUCUAUGGCCAGCCGCGACCUGACGCGACUUGGCGACCGCCGGCUUCCUGCGACGCGACCAUGCGCGACCGGGCGACCGGGCGCGACCGGUCGCCAAGGCGCGUCCCCGAGGUCGCGUCGCCGAGGUCGCAGGACGCCAAGUCGCGUCGCUCCCAAAGUUCAAAUAUUUGAACUUUGGGAGCGACUCCGUGCCGCGACAGCCAAUCAGGGCUCUGCUGACGUCAACAAACCGGCGAAACAAGGAAGAGGAGAAGAAGAAUCACAAUGGAGGAGCAGUUAAUCACAUCCGUUAGCUACCACCCGGUGCUAUACGACGUGGGUUGCGGGUUGUACCGGGACCGCAACGCCAAAGAAGAAGCAUCUCAGUUUCGGAGCGCCUGUAUUUCGUGUCCAGGCGGGAGAUGCUGCUUCCCACCCGGGCGAGGAGGUCCUCGAACUGCGCCGUCGACACACGGAAGUACCGCUGGAAGCGGCCGUCGUCCAGGCGGAGUUCCUGGAGCAAGCGGUGAAAUUCACCCAGCUCCGUCCUCCUCCGGAUGGUUUCAUGCACCCAUAAACGCCGGCGGCGUCUACUGCGGAUGUAGAGAUAUGCGGCAGCACUGAUGAACUGAAAACUGAGCUAGUGACAUGGAUGACGUCACCGGCGACCAGCCGCGACCUGCGACUGCAGCUUUGGACCCGGUGUUGACACACCACGGCACCACGCGACGCGACCUGACCGACCAACGCGACGCGACGCGACCUGGUCGCGUUUGGUCUGAACGCGGCUUUAGAAUUGAACAUUCUGUGGGUUUUUUGUGAUUUACUUUGACAGCAUAAACGUCCAACCUAGGGCUGUCAGACGGUGAACUUUCAAAAUUGUGAUUCAUCCCAGAAAUUUAAUAGAUUAUCAUGAUCAAUCGCAUUUUUGAUUAUUAUUCAUACCUCAUUAUUUUGCAUUUCAUAACUUUAAGUUCCAUAUGAACAAUGUAAAGCAUUUAUAAGCAGUGUUUUGAUUCAGAAUUAAACUAAUGCAAUGAAAUAUACAUGAUGAUCUUCUUGACCUUUGGAUUAAUUAUCAAAGCAAAUGCUGCACAGCUACACCAGUGUGGUCUGAAACCAUGACUCGGUCAGGAGACGUCUUCAAAGUACUUAUUCUGUGAAAUGCAGUGCCAAAUUAUUUAAUUUAAUGGACUGCACUAUUAAAUAUUGAAAAUAUGUCAUAGUGCACAUUCAAGGGUGUGUAGUUUUGAUGACUCACCAAAGUCCAGUCAUCCACAGUAACCACACCAGCCUCUGGACUCUCUAGAGCUCUAGUUUGGCUGUGUUCUCAGUGUCAUACAGGUCCUGAAUACAUGAAACAACAGUUUCCUGUGGUGAUAAAACAUUCGACUAGUCUCAGAAUGCCAACUUAAGGACACAUCUUGGACUUGAGUUUGUCAGCUUUUGCUGUGUAGUUGCUAACUGGCGUCAGUCUCAUUAGCCUCACCUGUGUGUAGCUGGUAGAUAGAAGCUCAGAGUCAAAGUACUUUUGUCAAAAUAAGAUCCAAUUUGGUAUUGAAAUCAUUUUAAUUUUGAUUUGUAUCCUGAGAUGUUUGAAAGCAGCAGUAGGUGCAUCACUCCAACUUUAAAAUCAUGUAACUUAAAUUCAGUCGUUGAAAUGUGUGAGCGCAGGAACUCUUGAGGAAAACACUAACCUGAAACAAAUGAACUGAUCUGUCUUUUUACACACAACUGAAAUGAUGUGUUUACCUACGAGAUUCCUUGUAAUACCAUGAGAUUGAUUGCUUUGAAUUGAAAAGGCUGCUUAUCUCUUUUUAUAUCUCUAAUUGUGCCUGCAAUCUGUCUUUUGUCUUUGUCUCGAUGCCAAUAGGAGCGUCUCCUGCUGUCUCUGCUGCCAGCUCAUAUUGCUCGUGUGAUGAAAGCUGAGAUCAUCCAGAGACUAAAGGGCCCAAACUUUGGCCAGAUUGAGAACACAAACAAUUUCCACAACCUCUAUGUUCAGAGACACACUAACGUCAGGCAUGUCUUAUGUAUAUUUAUAUUCACAAACCAUUUACAUGAUUAAUAGUAUUUGAAUGCAGGUGUGUGUUGGACGGAUACUGAAUUGAUUUUAAAGCUUAGAUCCAUUCAUGUAGCAGCCUAGAUUUACAUUAAUUGCUCUGAAACUGAAUUUUUUCUUAGGAAAUUGUAAAAUCAUGUUGUUAUGAAAUACUGAUUCAAGUAUAUUUUUCUAUAUCUAGUAUACUGUAUGCUGAUAUAGUGGGAUUUACACGGCUGGCCAGCGACUGCUCACCUGGAGAGCUGGUGCACAUGCUGAAUGAGCUGUUUGGCAAAUUUGACCAAAUUGCCAAGGUAAACAUUUUACCACAAAAACUCUUCUUUCUUUGUGGUUAAAAAGCUUCUUAAAUUGUCCCUCAAUAUGACCUUUGUUUGACCCUGUGUGUCUGGUUAUGUGUUUUAAAUUUCUAUUUGUAGGAAAACGAAUGUAUGCGGAUUAAAAUCCUUGGCGACUGUUACUACUGUGUGUCCGGCCUGCCGGAGUCUCUGCCCAACCAUGCCAAGAACUGUGUGAAAAUGGGGCUGGAUAUGUGUGAGGCCAUCAAGUAAGUGCUGGUUACAUGGCAGGUCUGCUGAAGAAUGGCAUGAACUACGUCAGAAAUGUUCUCCAACUUUUAAAAGCACAAUAAAGAAUAAAUAAUCAUGACAGUUUAGAAGUAGAAAUGUUGAUUUUAAAACUCCAAAUGAUCUGACCUGAAAUCAAAACGAAUCAGACUUAAACACAUAAUAACUGAAAGAACAAAUUUCUUCUUGCAGACCCCUCUGUGUGGAAAUCAACUUCGCUCUGGCUAUUCUCGAGAGACUAAUUAGAGCUCUGGAUAACUUAGUUCCUAGUUUUGACCACCUGCGUUUCAAAGAUAGUUCGAAUAUACUCUCAGACACAGCUUAAGCUCCCCAACCCAUAAUGAUGACAGGUACUUGCUAACUGCUAGCUCAGAUGUAGAAACUUUUCUUGAUUGCCAAUUAAACUGAAUCAAAUAUGUGGUGGUGAGCCCAGAGUCCUAUCUCAACUAAUUUGUGGGCCUUUGUGGGAGAUAAAAGAGAGGAAGUUAGGACACAACUGACUGAGCGAGAAGUUGUAUAAAGUUUUAAUUGAGAAAAUCAAAGACCAAGAUUAGAGUUUUUGUUAAUAAACUUAGUUACUCUUUCUUUGUGUUUGCAUUGUCUACACUCAUCAUUUUCAUGCAUUUCCUCUUUUUUUAAUUAAUGUAUGGGCAAUGAUCUCAAUAAUUCUGCAUAUCAGAAAUUAAUUUUUAAAUCACCUAACAGAAAAGUGCGAGAUGCGACAGGUGUUGACAUCAACAUGCGUGUUGGCGUGCACUCGGGAAACGUCCUGUGUGGUGUGAUUGGACUCCAGAAAUGGCAGUACGAUGUUUGGUCACAUGAUGUGACACUGGCCAAUCAUAUGGAGGCCGGAGGUGUUCCAGGGUAAGUCAUCUGAGAGUAAUACUAAAGCACUUGAAGAUAACAUUGCUGUAUCUUGCAGCUUCAUAGCUGUUCACCUGUAUCAGUUUUGUGUGUUUGAUCACCCUGAAUCCAUGCCUAAGACACAAUAAAUACCAAGAGUCCUCAUAUUCUUAUAAAACUUUCUAUUGAUAGGCGAGUUCACAUCACCUCAGUGACACUGGAGCACCUGAAUGGUGCCUAUAAGGUGGAGGAUGGGGAAGGACAAGAAAGAGACCCCUACCUGAAAGAACACGGAGUCAUCACCUAUCUGGUCAUCAAUCCAAAGGUGUUAAAACACAUCCACCAGAGUAAUAUUUAAAAGACUGUUAAACAAAAUACGAUACUAUAUCCCCAUUUCUACAUUUGUCCAGGUGGAGCGUCGCAGCCCACAGCAUCAUUACCGUCCCAGACACACUAUGGAUGGAGCAAAGAUGAGGGCAUCUGUCAGGAUGACCCGCUACCUGGAGUCAUGGGGAGCAGCCAAGCCCUUUGCCAACCUGCACCACAGAGACAGCAUGACUAAUGAGAACGGGAAGAUCAGCACUGCUGUGUGUAAUUUUUCGAAACAUAUGUCGAGAUUUUGUUGAUGGCAAAGCUGGACUGCAGCUUGUAACCUGUCUCUCUCCUUUCGCUUUGUGUCUAGGAUGUGCCAAUGGGGCAGUAUCACUUCCAGAGGAGAUCAGAAAGGCAAGCUGCUCAUUUUUCACUGCGAAAUCUUCUCCUGCAGGAUUAUCCUUGGCCCUUAACAGCCCAGAGACAGAAGACAAAAUGUUUAAUGAGACUAGACUUCCACCGGAGGCUUUGAUGUGUGGGAUUAAUAUUCUGUGAACCUAAAAGAUACUCUGUCUCUUUUCCUUCAUUAAAGGACAAAGUCUCAGAAAAAACGAUUUGAGGAGGAACUUAACGAGAGGAUGAUCCGGACCUUUGAUGGAAUAAAUGCACAAAAGUAAGGGUGAUUUGAAAUGACAUGCAUGUGCACACAGUGCUGUUUUAUGGUUUAACAAAGAAUAAAAAGUUUGGUCUUUGGAUGAAGUUUGUAUAUCAUCAUACUAAUUGGAUGUGCAGUCUUUUAAGAAUGCAGCUACUUUAAAAUGAAGUUCAGACAUUGUUGUUGCAUACCACAUCUUCAAUCUGUGAAAUUAUCAUUCUAUUCAACAUUUCUUUCACAUAUAUCACUUAAAGUUACCUUCAAUUUCAUUUGUAAACACAUCUUUUAUCCUGUGGCGAUGUUUGCAUCCUCCUUUUCUGUCUGGUUUAUACAACUACACUAAAUGUAUACAUCUAUGUUUUCAGACAAUGGCUCAAGUCUGAGGAUAUUCAAAGAAUAUCAUUAUUCUUUCACAACAAAUCCUUGGAGAAAGAGGUAAGUGGUAGAACAUGUUUGACCCUCUGAGUGGAGGUACUGGAGUAUAAGAAACAGAAAAUGUUGUGUACUGCUGUUCCUCUGCAUUACUCUGAGUUCUUCUAAAUAAAAGGAGUCUUGUCGUGUCGGUGGGCACAGCUGAGGGCCUUUUAAAGUGGCUGUAGAAACAGUUUUAAACAGACCAAUGUGAAAACCUGACCUUCUUUUCUCCUUUCAGUACAGAGCAACAACUCUGCCGGCCUUCAAGUACUACAUCACCUGCGCCUGUUUGAUCUUCUUCUGCAUUUUUAUAGUACAGAUUCUCGUUCUUCCAAAGUAUGUGUGCUAUGAUUAUUAUUUUUAUGUUUAUUCCUGUAUAUAAAUGUUCCUGGAGGAGUUUCUAAUAAUGAUCUUUGUGUACUCUUUCACAUGUCUUACUUUUCGUCUUUAGGACUACUGUCUUGGGAUUAUCUUUUGGCAUGGCUUUUCUUAUCCUUUCCAUGAUCCUCUUCAUAUGUUUCAUUGGACACUUCUUGGUGAGUCUAUAAAUAAACUGCAAACAUCUGUGCUUUGGAAACGUUUAAUUUUAAUUAAUCCCUUACUUGAUAAGAAAAUGCUCACCCUCUAAUAGCACAUUUGUGCACUUAGUGUUUGUCCUAAUGUCCUACCAAAGGCACAUGAGUGGUUCAAGUGCCCCCGCUGGCCAGCUUUAAAGCUCAUUAAGUGCCCUUUUUGUUACCCCAAGUGCCCUUCAGAUUAACUCAAGUGCCUCUGUGGUUAAAAUGAAUCCUGACUGCGCGCAGGAAACAAGGGAUGCAUGUGCAGACUCCUGCCCCGGUGCCUGCACCAGAAAACAUCAGUCUUUAGCGUGUAUAGGUUUAUAAAUCAAAUACAUGUUUUUCAUCUUCAUCUUUGCACUAAAGGAAGUUGUUUAAAUGCAUAGAAAACAUGGGGUAUCUGGAGCACUUUUGUUCCAGCAUGCAUCAAGCUUUUGCCCGGCAAAAAGGAAAGCUAUCACUCAAAUAUUUAUAGGUGGUGUGCAGAACAUUUUUUUAAGGGGUUUCACAGAACUCCUCCCUACCUUUAGACGCCCUCUGCAUAUCUGUAUAUUUCGCCUUAUAACAAGCCUCUUGAAGAUCAUCUCGAGCAACAAACCCUAGUUCAGCUGUUUUCUGUGUUACUUUAUGAUUAGUGAAAAUAAAUGAAGGAAUAUAAAAUGGAGAGUGUAGGGGAUAAAAACAAAUGAUAGUUUAAACAUUUAAGGUGCUGUAAAAUUCUCUAACCAAAGGCACAUGAAAUCUGUUCUUCCCUGUGGCUUUUUUUUUUUUUUUUUAAUUUGGAAACUAUUGUCUCGGCUUUGUGACCUCCAGGGUUGUAGCCCAAGGAAAUACAACAUGACACUUGACAGCUAAAGUUGACAAUCCUCCUGCUGCUUUGACAUCGAUUUAGAACAUGUUUUUGUCUACCUCACAGCUUUUCCACAGCUGCGGUACGAUAAUUAAAAAUCAUGAAUCGUUUGUGUAAAGGCACAUUACUCUCCAUAAUUAAGGUUUGUUUAUUUGUCUUGGUUCAGGGUUGGAGAAAAAUGUCUGGCAGUUUCAGGAGCACAUUCAGUUCCUUCCUCCCAGCCUCCUGCCAUUAGAGGAAUUUUACAUAAAUGAUUCUGUAAUCUCGAGAAAGGCUAUUUGAAAUGAUCUCACCAUCUCCACAAUAUUAAUAUGUCACAUUUUUACUUCUAAAAUAUUCAUAGUGACUCAAAUUUGGACAUUUUUCAUUAUAAUAAUAAAGUGCUGAAUAAUAUUUUACACAUUUUUUUCUGCUAGUGUUUUUUAUUCGACAUUAGAAAACUGGGAAGCUGAAACCCAUGAGGAGGAUGAAAGUUCAGUUUUACAGCCGACCAUCAAAAUGCUUUACCAAGUAUAAUUUUUUUUAUCUGCUGUCAUAAAACAAGGGUUUAGACGUUAAUAGCACUUCUUGGAGAAACAUUGUCACUGUUCAGAUGCAAAUGCUGGUUCGAUUGCUCAGAAAGGUCAGAUAUAUAUUUGAUUAACUGACUUGCAUAUUCUGCUGCUCCUCUGACUGCGUAACUCAACAUCUUUCACCUAAAUCAACCCUGGCAGUUUCUCUCGCUCUGCCUUUUAAUUCUCCCUUUUCGAUCAAGUCAUGCAUACUAUUUCAUGUCCGACUAGGGGUGAAUGUGUGUGCAAAUUUCUUGUUUUCAAAGCAAAAUUGCAUCCCACUGGCUGUACAUUUCAACAGUAAUCCCGCUGGUGCAUGAUACAUUCUGCCAUCCCUAAUUUAUUGCAUUGUGAUGUGCACCCCUGAGCUAUACAAAUGUCACAUCCACUCAGCCACAUGCUCAGAAAUUGCUCUGAGAUUGCUGUGAAUCAAGCACACAAUUUGGGCUUUUGGCAACAGGCCAUAGCAGCAUUCACUGCCACCUAGGAAGAUAUCAUUUCUGUGUCACAGAAAAUGCAGACCAUAAACAUAUUAAAAUCAUAUUGUGUUGACUGUCAAGUGGUAUAGCUGUGUUUAAAUGACGGGCAUGAUUGCACAGUGCGUACUGCUCUUAGAAACAGCUCAGUUAUGAUUUGACUGCCAAAUAGAUAGCAACCUUGCUCAGUUUAAUAAAGGUCCAAAAAUUGUCAUUUGAGUCUGAAUGGUUUAUUGAAGGCUGUAUACUGUUGCUCACGUCAUUCCACAGAUGACUGAAUCACUCGUAGUGGUCAUUUUGUGGUGCUGUUAUUUCAUGCAGUUUGAAGUAUACUGCAUUAAGCACCAUCACUCUGAUAUGAACUGUUUUUUUUUUUUUUUCUUAGAAAUUCUAAGCCUUUUGAAUUUGUUUUGCAACACCCUGCAGUUUGGAGUGUAUCACUAUAUCAGUCAAUCAAUCAAUCAAUCAAUUUUAUUUAUAUAGUGCCAAAUCACAACAAUCAUUGCAGUAUUUAGUUACAAUCCAAUCCACUUUAUUUAUAUAGCACAUUUAAAAAAACAAUUAAGUUUAGCAAAGUGUUGCAAGUGCAAUAAAAGAAGUUAAAAACACACAGAACAUGAGAUGUUUCAAAUAAAAGAAUCAUAAUUAUAACCAUGAAAUAAAAACACUGUAAGAGUAUAUCAAAAACCAGGUAAAAGAACAGACGAAGACUGAUCACACAACUCUAAUGCUGGGUUAAAAGCCAAAGAGUAAAAAUAGGUUUUUCAGGCGGGAUUUAAAGUUGAGGACAAUCUAACAUGAAGGGGAGCUCAGUCCAUAAAUUGGGGGCCACUGCAGAGAAGGCACUGCCACUCCUGGUUCUUAGUCUGAUCUUAGGGACCACAAGAAGCUGCUGUCCUGUAGACCUCAGAGACCUUGUCGGAGUAUAGCGUUGCUGGAGGACAGAAAUGUAUUUGGUGCUUCUCCGUUUAAAGAUUUUAAAACAAACAAGAAAAUCUUUAAAUGGAUCCUGAAAUGAACAGGGAGCCAGUGGAGAGAGGCAAGGAUGGGGGUUAUGGGGGUUACAGUGGCAACUAUAGAAACUUGUUUUGUUAAUUUCCUAGUAAUAAGCCAUACUUAAUGAAAAUUAUCUGUUGUUUUGUUUUGAUAUGUAUUGGUGCGAUAUUUACUUGCCUUGAUUUGUAUACAUCGGUGCUUUUUGUUUGCGUUUGAGUCUGUCUGCAGCCUGUGAUAUCGCAGUCCUGUUGUACACUGGGGCUCAUACCUUCUUUUUUUUUGUGCUGUUGUUUUGUGUGUGUCCCUGCAGCACUGCAGUAAAAGCACCUCCACGUCUUGGAUGUGGCUACUGAGGUCAUCAGUCAUUAUUGCCAACAAGCCAUGGCCCCGCAUCACCCUCACCAUGACAACCACAGCUUUAAUACUCAUAAUGGCAGUGUUCAACAUGGUAAGCUUUUAUGUUCAGGUACUGCAGGGCGGGAGGGGGAACCAAUUAGGCUUUUAUGAUGAAUGAAUGAAGAGCUCUAACCCUUGAAAUGUCACUCUUAUUAUUUGUAACUCUGGUGUAAUUGGGCAGUAGAAAUGAAAAACAUGAUAUGUACACACACGCACUCUUAGAAAGCUUGGUCCAAAUCAAUAUGAGUACUGAUUUGAGUUCUUGUUAAAGAUCAUAGAAUCCAACAAACUUGCAUUAUUACUUCUGUUUACUGAGGUGCUUUAAUUUAAAAAGAACCCAUAAGCUUUCAUGCCUCAGGGAAUAACAGGCAACUGGAACACUCUGGUGUAAUAGGGGAUAGGUGACGAAUGACCUCUUGCCAAGACUUGCCUUUGUGAGUGUUGGAAUGUGUACAGGCCAAUUAGCACCAUGAGAAGCAAGUAUGUGUCCAGAUAAUAAGUGAAGCCCUUUGAGAUAUGUCUUCAAAAAAGAAAAGAAAAAACAUUGUCAGCCCUUGGUUCAUUACAUCCCUCCCAGAGGAGUGCAUAUGCAUCUGUCUGUGAUGAGUAUCAGUUUUACUGUCAUUAGAAGCUUUAUUUUGGCUUACUCCAGGCAGAUGAACUUGAAAAUGAAACCAAUUCUUUGUGAUUUUUUUAAUGCAGUUAAAGGCACAAUGUGCAGUAAUUGGAAACAAAACAAAUGCUCUGCUAAAUGUAGCAUGAUACUACACAGUGUACCUUGGAUUGGUCGGUUAGUUUGACCAAUAAACACACCACCGUUCAUAUUUGUAACAGGUCUGACCUAAAAAGAAGUGUCUCGAUUUUGAACCAGAAUAUCUCAACCAGAUUGCAGAUACAAGCGGCCGAAAUGGGUUUCCUUUGCAGGCUCAGCCUUAGAGAUAGGGUAGGGAGCUCGGACCCUCAGGAGGCGCUCAGAGUAGAACCGCUGCUCCUCCACGUCGAGAGGAGUCAGCUGAUAUGGCUCGGGCAUCUGGUUAGGAUGCCUUCUGGACGCCUCCCGUUAGAGGUGUUCCAGACAUGUCCCACCGGGGGGAGACCUCAUGGCCAACCCUUGACCAGGUGGAGGGAUUAUAUCUCUCGCCUGGCCUGGGAGCGCCUGGGAAUCCCACCGGAGGAGCUGGUGGAAGUGGCCGGGGUGAGGGCCUUCUCGGCUUCCCUCCUGAAGCUGCUGCCCCCACAACCGGGACCCGGAUGAAGCGGAAGAAAACGAACGAACGAAUAUCUCAACUAGAAUCUUGCUUUGGGCUCCCGUACAAAGGGGUUUGUCUUUCUAAAACGUGAUUGGUCAGCUCUACCUUGACAACAAACCCAUAACAGAAACAAGAAUACUUCCCUUAAAAUGAUUCAUCCCCCUCAAAACUUAACAACUCCAUGAAGAAUCUGUGAAGCGACACUGAUUUAAAAAGAAAUAUUCAGGACUUUUUUUCCCACCACAGUAAAAGAGGAUUAAGAGCCACAUUAGAAAAUAGGUCUUUGUCUUCAUUGUUUGGGGUUAUGUAUGCAGUAGUAUUUUAAUGAAAUAUUUAUCAUGGUGCUUUUCAUUUCUUUUGUGUAGAAGGUCCCACACAAACUAUAUAUUUUGAUUCUUUGGCGUCACAUUCUUUUUUCUUUUGCUAAGCAGUAUAUUUCCUUUGGCUAAUUUACAGAUAGUGGUUUCCCUAUAAAACUCUGCAAACGCUAUUUGCAUAUAGUGAUAAGACAACGUAAUGUAAUUACGUUUUUGUUUUUAUUCAUCCCUUUUACGUUGAUUCUGUUUUUUUUCUCCCCGGAGAGGAAGAUCAAAUUAAAAGGCUUGGUUAAAGGUGAAAUAGAACCCCAAGGCUGGUGGUGAAGUCGCGUGAUAAAGCAUGGUGUCAGGACCCUGGUUUAGACCUUCACACAAAUCGAUUCCAGAGAUUAUAAUCUUGUUUUGCGGCUGAUGCGGUUCAGUCGCUCUGGGCGGAUGAGCCACAUUAACUUUGCUUUGCUCAGUGGGGCAGCCAAGACUCAUUUUAUCCCACAGGUUCACUCUAAAGGACAUUAUUGAAUGGUUGUCAGUGUUGCACUUUUAUCAGACAAGACUCUUGUUUUCCUACAGCAAGUUGAACAGACCUGGGUAUUUUUUUUUCUCUCCAUACUGACAACAAUAUGCAGGAAGGAAAAACGUGUUUAAAUGCUGUGUCUAAAUUAUGAGACGAAAAGGAGACAAACGUUAUAAUCUGUUAACUUUGUGUUGUUGUUGUUGUUGUUCUUUCUAGUUUUUUUUGGAGGAUAACUUGCUGCCUUCUGGUCCUGUUUACAAUUCAUCAAAUGAAUCACUGUUUUACCCUAAUGGACAACUAAUCGCCUUUACUGGAAGGAACAAUUUCUACCUUCCUGUGAGUGAAGAUUAACAAACCACUUUCAUGCCUCUCUGUGAAUUUAUGGUCGUCUUUUUUGAACAAAUUGACAAACCCAUCUUUGUUCUUUUUCUUUUUAUCCAGUAUUUAAUUUAUAGUUGCAUCCUGGGCCUCAUCUCCUGCUCAGUGUUUCUGAGAAUAAACUACGAGUUAAAGAUGAUCAUCAUGCUGACGGCUGUUGUAGUGUACAACGUCAUUAUACUACAAACACACGCCUCUCUGCUGGAUGAAUACAGCAGGUUUCUAUACAAGACUGAAAGCCUGGACAGGUAGGUGCACAGAGAAAAACAGACAUCAUUCAAAAGAGCAUGAAAGAGAAUCAAAGCAGGUGAAAAGAGAGAGUUAAGGUAGCCAGAGAGUAAGGAAAGGCGCCGUGUUGACUUAAGAAGAAAUAGGAAAAUACAUUAAAACUAAGAAAAGGAAUAUGUGGAGAUAAUAGGAGGAAAUAAGGUUUACCUCCAGGUUUUCUUCCAGUCAGGCGAGUCAAGAACAGCUGCAAAUGGAGUCACCCAGGGGGCAACGUUUGCAGGUGUCAGAACCACUUAAACUGGUUUCUCUCAAUUUCAGUGUCUUCCCUACGCCCUCUUCUUUCAUUUAAUCUAUUUUCCACUCAAAGUACCUAUAGAAGAGUGCGGGAACAUAGAGAUGAUGUGCAGAAGGCCAUGCACCAAUAACCCAACGGUUGCAUAUUGUAACAGGCCAGAUUUAGAUUCCUUUAUUCGAUUUACUGUGUUUUACAGCUUGUACACUGCAGUUAUACAAGCGUGUGGAGGACAGUUUUCCAUCGUACGGUGAAGGUUCAGUUUUUGUUCAGUUGGCAUGUAAACAGAAAAGGCUAAAUAGAAAAUAGUUUUUGUAGCACUUUUCAGGUUACAUGUCAUUACACUACAUUACAUUACAUUACAUGUCACAUUCACCCAAGGACACUUUGGCAUGAGGACAGCAGGAUGUAUCCUCUAUUUAAGAAUAAGAAAGAAAUAUAACAUUAACCUGCAAAGAUGCUUCAGUCUGACACAGGUUGUUAACUCUGGAGGUCUAAUGCACACAGGGCUUGCAACAUUUCUUCAAGUAUCUAUAAGCACCAACGUAUACCAACACUUUUUUAUCCUCUCAGUGAAAAGACUUAAAAGAAGCAUUGAUCAAGGCAAGGCAAUUUCAUUUGUAUAGCACCAUUCAUACACAAGCAAUUCAAAGUGCUUUACAGAUGCAAGGAAAUACAUUAAAAAAUAAAUUAAAAAAGGGAGAUUAAAACAAUUUAAAAUCAGAAACACAUAAAACGAUUUAAAAUCAAAGAGACAAAACAAUUUAAAAUCAAAAAGACAUAAAAUGAUUUAAAAUCAAAAAGACAAAAUUAUUUAAAAUCAAUAAGACAAACAGACACACUUUUUCGUCUUUUCUGUCUGCCCUGAACACCAUGAAAACCAUUGUUUUCCAGAAAAAAUGUAAUGAGUCACAAGCUUUCAGACCCGGGGUUCCCCAGAUUGUAAUUAGUCUUCUCUUCAUAUUUUUUGAAUGGUAUUAGUUUUGUCUUUGUCUGAGACGGUGUUCAUUUUCGCAGUCAAGUCAAACGUUCUGCAAAGUUAAAAAAGCUUGGGUUAAUUUUAGCAAUAUUUGGUUUGGGAAUUUUUCUGCAAUGCAACAAGCAGUAUUUAGAAAAAAAGCUUGCCUGGUCCUCUGUAUGUCAUUUACUCAUUACAUCAGUUUUAAAUACAGUCUGUUUAACAUGAAGAGAGCAGUAAACAUCAUGAAACCCUAAUUCAUUCAUCUUAACCACUGGGCAAACCAUUUAGAAUCACAUGGAUGUUCUUCAGCAGUGAGGUCAAUUUGGACGUCAUCAUGUCAGCUUUGAAAAUUGCAAAGAGAGGACACUUGUUUUCUUUAAGGUCAAUGAUAUAUCAACAUCUCGUCACACCCUGGACUGAAGGCUUGUGUCUGUGCAGCUGAAAUAAACUGAAUCACAAGAUGCUUCAAAAAAACAUCCAUGUUAGUUCAGGUUUAAGGAGCUCAAAAUUGAGUCCUGUAAGUUACAAAGUCAUGCGCAUGCUUCCAAAGAGAAUAAGUUUAGCAACUGUAUGACGUUUAUUUUCAUUUGUUAAGAAAAUCGAAAUGUUAUGAAUAUAACUUCUGUUCCCUGAAGGAGAGGAACGAGGUACAACACAUAUAGUAUGGGAUAUCACGCCCCUGCGUGACCUGACUGAAGACACCUUUAUUCACGCCUUUAAGGCAGAUGAUCUGUGGUGACGUCUGGGAGGCUCCGCCUGCACAUAUAUACGUGUAACACCACAGUCAUCCUUCAGUUCGAUAGCCGCUCUUCACCGAGCUCUGCCGCGCAGCGGGGCAACCCAGUGUUGUACCUCGUUCCUCUCCUUCAGGGAACAGAAGUUAUAUUCAUAACAUUUCGUUCCCUUUCAGUCGAUUCACUCGGUACAACACAUAUAGUAUGGGACAUAUAUACACGCCCCGCAGAGCAGCCACCGAACCGAAGUCAAACCUCCAAAACUUUUAGUGCAUUGUAGACCCAGCAGAAAGGACAGCGUGAGCCACCGAAGGUGCUGUCACAUCCAAACGGUAAAACCGAACAAAAGUGUGCGGUGAUGACCAACUGGCUGCAGUGCAGAUAUCACUCACAGAAACCCCUUUAAACAAGGCCCAAGAGGCCGCCAUUCCCCUGGUUGAAUGUGCCUUCACACCUUGGGGCAACGGGAGACCCCUGCUGCCGUAUGCUAAGGAGAUAGCCUCCACAAUCCAGUGGGAAAGCCGCUGCUUAGACAGCGCCUUGCCCUUGGCUGGAUUAGCAAAACAGACAAACAACUGGUCACAUAAACGCACACUCUGAGUGCGGUCUAUGUAAGUGCGUAGUGCACGCACAGGGCACAAGGAAUGCAACCUCCUCUGCUCCUCAGAUGCAAAUGGAGGGGGGCAGAAGCUCAGCAGUUCAAAACUCAUAGAGCUAUAGGCUGUGGGGAUAAUCUUAGGUAAAUACGCCGCGUUUGGACGCAAUGUAGCCUUAGAUCCAUCCGGAGUGAACUGGGUACAAGAGGGAUGCACAGACAAAGCAUGAAGGUCGCCCACUCGCUUUGCAGACGUCAAAGCAAGUAGCAGUGCAGUCUUGUAUGAAAGAAAUUUCAUGUCUGCUGACUCAAUAGGCUCAAAUGGGGGUCCACCAAGAGCCUCAAGCACCAACCCUAAAUCCCAUGAGGGAACACUGGGUUUAAGAACAGGUCUUAGCCUGCGGACUCCCUUUAGGAAGCGCAUAGCAAGAGGGUGAGCGCCUGGCGUCACACCAUCAAAGCCAACAUGGCAUGCAGAUAUAGCCGCCAAAUAGACCUUAAUUGUUGAGAAAGAGAGACCCUUAUCCAGCAGGUCCUGAAGGAAUGUUAAAACAUCCACAAUAGAACUCUGAAAUGGGAGUACAUUUCGGUCCUGACACCACUGCUCAAACGCCCGCCAUUUAUAGGCAUAUAGGCCCCUAGUAGAUGAUGCCCUUGCACUCUGGAUUGUUGCCACCACAUUUGGGGGCAGACCCUGAGCCAUUAAGUUGGACCUUUCAACAGGUAAGCAUGUAGUUUCCACAGUUCUGGGCGCGGGUGAAUCACCUCUCCUCCCGCCUGGGAGAGGAGGUCCCUGCAAAAAGGGAGCUGCCAGGGCCUCGCUACCAGCAGACUGAUUAUCUCUGCGUACCACGACUUCGCCGGCCAGCGAGGAGCCACCAGGAUCAGGGAGAGCCCCUGCUGGCGCACCCUCUCCAGAAUGGGCAGAAUUAUUUCCACUGGGGGAAAAGCAUAUAGCAGCGUGUUGGGCCAUGGGUGAGCUAGCGCAUCCAUCCCCAGGGGAGCAUUGCAGUCUGUUAUGGAAAAGAACAGGGGGCAAUGAGUAUUUGCUCUGGAGGCAAAAAGAUCUACUUCUGCCUUGCCGAAGCGGUCCCAUAUCUGAGCCACCACUAGUGGGUGCAAUCUCCACUCUCUCACAAGAGGACCCCCCUGGAGAGAAGGUCUGGUCCAAGGUUUAAGUGACCCGGAAUAUGUGUGGCUCUGAGGGACAGAAAAUGAACACUGCACCAUAGCAACAGAUAGUGAGACAGUUUUAACAGGGGAAGAGAGCGUGUCCCUCCCUGCUUGUUUAUGUAAGAAACCACGGUUGUGUUGUCCGUCCUGAUCAGAACAUGAUGGCCUGUCAGAACGGGACGAAAGUGCUUCAGAGCUAAAAGGGUAGCUAGUAGCUCCAGGUAAUUGAUGUGGAGUUUGCAUUGUGCUGGCGUCCACACACCUCUCACUGCUGCGCCCUCGCACAGAGCCCCCCAACCCCUCAGGGAUGCGUCUGUGGACACCACCUUGCGAAAAGACACCCUCCCUAUCGGAGAUCCCUGUUGUAGAAAACCGGGUUCUCUCCACGGGAGAAGAGCCGACAUGCAAGACUGAGUUAUCGUCAGCCUCCUCUGGAGGUGACGCUGCGCGCACAGCCGGUGAGACUGAGUCCAGCGUUGAAACGCUCUCAUUUUUAACAGUCCGAGCGGCACUACAGCGAUCAUAGAUGCCAUCAUGCCUGUCAGCUGUAAAAUCGUCCGGAAACACAGUUUGCGUCCCAACUGAAAUUGUGCAAGGCAGCGGUGAAACGCAGCCACCCUGCGUUCUGACAGACGUGCUCGGCUUGAAACGGAGCAUAUUUCCAGCCCGAGAAAUGAUACCUGUUGACUCGGAGUCAGUGAACUUUUCUGUAAAUUUACUGAAAAGCCCAGUGUUUGGAUGUGCGAUAGGGUCAAUGACAGCUGAGCCGCUGCUCGCUCUCUGGAGCUCGCGAUUAGCACCCAAUCGUCCAGAUAGGCUAAGAUGCGAACACCUUUCUCCCGUAGUGGAGCUAAUGCCGCCUCGACACAUUUGGUGAAUGUUCGGGGGCGAGUGAUAAGCCGAACGGCAGCACCAGGUAUUCGUAGGCUAUGCCCUCGAAUGCAAACCUUAGAAACUGCCUGUGGUCCGGAUGAAUUGCUACGUGAAAGUAAGCAUCUGUCAGAUCGAUAGUUGUAAACCAAUCUCCCGGUCUGAUCGCGCCCAGUAGCUGUCUGAGUGUUAGCAUCUUGAACCUGUAGGUUCGUAGGUAUUUGUUUAACACUCGCAAGUCUAGGAUAGGACGGAGCCCUCCUCCUUUUUCGGAACAACAAAAUAGCGGCUGUACCAACCUUUGUUCGUUUCCGAAGCGGGAACAACUCGUAUCGCCCUCUUGUUCAACAAGUUGUUUAUUUCUUCCCUCAGCACUGCUGCUGCUUCCUCUGCUACAACUGUGUGUAUUACAGAGUGAAAGCGAGGCGGCCGGACCCUGAACUGUAAGCGGUAGCCGAUGGCAACAGUUCUCUCUACCCACGGUGAGACUGCGCAUGCGCGCCACCGAGAGAGACGAACAGUCAGUCGACUGACCUCCAGUACUGUGGGGGAGGGGUUGUCGCCCCCUAGCGUGCCGGCUGGGAACGGCAACACUUUCUCGCCCAGACUUGAUUGAUUCAUGAUGUUUUGAGAACAAAACGAAACCUUUAUUUGAUUCAAAGAACGUACAUUUGUGACAUUCACACAGUGAACAACAGGCGCCAUUAUUGGGGCAUGUGUAUGUGAGGGGGGUUGUGCUUGGGAGACUGUGUUAAGGGAGUGCAGCGCCUCUCGGGACCGGACCCCUGAACGAACUUUAAACGCGGCCUCUUUGGCGGCAGAAAAUGAAGGGCGGCAGUGUCUCCGUGCUGCUGGCCCUCUCGAGUCGAUCCCGAAGCUAGGAUGACUGCUGCUUCUUCUUCCUGGGCGCCGAGUCCCUCCGGAAGCUCGGUGGCGGACCCUUGUUCCAAGCCGAAGGGCGUGGGUUCUGACCGGGUACAUAUCGCUUCACCGGCUGGGGCCCCAAGCUGGCGGGCGCUGCAGUCCUCUUAGGGGGAGGCGCUGGUGCCGGUUUGUGCGGAUAACCCUGUUGUUUGGGCCUCGCAUCACGCCUGGGGAUGAUGCUUCUCAAAGCUUCGGUUUGUUUUUUCCUCAGCUCAAACUUAGCUUGAAUGUCGUCGAGGGACUGCCCAAACAAACCGCUGGCCGACACAGGCUCGUCCAGAUAAACCGCUCUGUCCCUCUCCGGAACGUCGGUGAGAGUCAGCCACAGGUGCCUCUGCGCCACCACCGUGGAAGCCAUGCCUCUACCGAGAGACAGCGCUGCACAGCGGGACACACGGAGGAUGUAAUCUGUGGCGACCCUAGCUUCAUUGAGGAGAGGAGUAAGCGGACUGUCAGGAGGCAUACGCGAGCCGAGUUCUGCCAGACACAUAGCUUGAUAUGUCUGAAGCAUAGUGACGGAGCUCAGUGCACGAGCCGUAUUUGCCUGUGUCCUGUAAAUUUUAUCCAGCUGUGACGCUGAAAAUCUACAGUGCUUGGAUGGGAGCGUGAUGGGGCCACCGACACCGUGAUUCUGGGCCGGGGCCAGAUAAGCUGCCAGGGACGCCUCCAUAGGCGGAGGGUUCACCAAUCCAGCUUUUUCAGCUCCAUCUAGAUCCAGAAACUGUCCACAACCGGGCACUGUGGCGCGGGUGGACAGCGGCUUGUUCCAUGUCGAGGUUAGUUCUGCGACAAAAUCCGGGUACAUGGGCAAACUGUUCUUAACAGUCGUCGGUUCGGGUGGGAGAAAAAACCCUGUGAACCGCGACGGUUUUUGAGCUGGAGGAGGAGAGGGCCAUUCUACCUCCAGUUUCUCAGCUGCACUGCGGUACAGUGAGAGGAAGGAUGUGUCGUCCAGAUCAACCGGCGCAGCAGCGGCGGCAUACUGACCUGAAGACAACGGCUCCAGCUCAUCUUCCGAAAAACCCUGCACGUCCAGGCCGAUGUCCAGCACGUCAUCGUCCUCCUGGUAACAAGCUAGCCCGGAUAGCGGCUGGCCAGCGCCCUCGGAGGGGCCCGGCUCAAACCCAGCUGACCCGUCAGCACACUCCACAUGGUCUGCCCAGCUUCCAACUGAGCCUUCGACCAGAAAGUCCUCACCACCGGACUCGGACGAAGCCGGGUCUCUGGACUCGGAAAGGAGGGGGUCGUGCAGCGCAACAGCGGUUUUUCCAAGAAUUUUCUCCACAAACUUGACCCGCCUUCCCAGGGUUGAGCUCCGAAGCCGGUGACAGGACUCACACGACUCGGGCUCAGUCAACGCCCUCCUGGCGUGGACAAUCCCCAGGCAAACGGGACAAGCCUCGUGAAGAUCCUUCUCGUGAAGGGAGAAGCCGCACCCCUGAGGACAGGGGCGAACAGAAGACUUCGCCUUCACCUUCAUGGGCUUAGAGCUCAUAACGAGACUCAAAAGCUGAACGAAAUUAGCGCUCCGCGGGUAGCCGUAGGCUAACACCAACAGGGGCAGUUGAGCUAAAGUCGAUCAAGCAGUAGCCAGAGACAAGACCAGGCUAAUUUAGCAGCAGCUAGUUAGCCCGACUCGGUGUAGGUGUUCUCAGCGAGGUGAAGAGCGUAAGAACUGAAGGAUGACUGUGGUGUUACACGUAUAUAUGUGCAGGCGGAGCCUCCCAGACGUCACCACAGAUCAUCUGCCUUAAAGGCGUGAAUAAAGGUGUCUUCAGUCAGGUCACGCAGGGGCGUGAUAUCCCAUACUAUAUGUGUUGUACCGAGUGAAUCGACUGAAAGGGAACUCUCUGAACAUUACCAGUCUGUAACCCUGUCUAAAACAUGCACAACUUUAUAGAGCAAAAAACUUUGAAUCAUACAUGAAGAAGUGACGUCAAAGUUGAAUCAAAGCAUACAUACAAUGCUUACAUCACUUUUGUAACCUCUAACUCACAAACAUAAACACUCCUCUUGUCCACUAUGACUUCUUGCCUUCCCUAAGUGCAAUGUUGUUUUGAAUUUACAUGCUAGAUGGCUGCUAAGUACAAGUCACCAACCCAGAUUGAAAGCAUUAUUAAGCGUGGUCCAAAGCUAGUCAUUAUGCUCCACUCACUCUACAAUCAUUCACCCAAACCGACCCAACUUUGCCCCCCUCCCCAUUUUAUUUCAUUUCAUUCUAUUUAAUAUUCCACUCCCCAUUCACACAGCCUAGCCUGUAGCCAACAGCUCAGGAAAUUAGCUGCUCAAUCAGGAUGAACAGCAUAAUGAGGUAAUAAGAAAUGAAACUACUUUCUUUGAGACUCUUAGAGGAAAUUCUGGCCACAAAUUUGACACACAUUAUAUGCUAAGAGUAAGUAAGGCCAAGCAGUGACACACAUAUGACAGGAAGACGUCCUCAGGGCCCAUGUGACCAGUGAGAUUUUCUCUGGACUGCAGACCAACUUUGACAUUUGAUGAGAAUCGUGUCUCCUGGAAUAAUGUUUUUUAAAAGUGACCUUCUAGGAAGACUGCAAAUCUUAAGUUUCUUUAUAGACGGUUCUUAACGGAUUGGGUCCUUUGAAAGACAUAGUUUGGUUUUACUGGAAUAAUAGGGAGAGUCUUUUCUGGAAGCUACGAUUACAAAUUUGAGUCUUUUUCGGAUGUCAAAGAAAAAAAAAACUUCUCAGAGCUCUAAAAAGUGUCACCAAAUGUUUCAUCAUUUCAUCCUGUGAAAUCUCAGUUUUGUAAUUUACAGCAGCGUAAAAGCAGGUUCAUUGUAAUCCACCGACUUUACUCUCAAAGUAAACUGCAACACAGUUUUUCCGGCAUUGCCCCUCCUGCAAAGCUAAUACACUUCACUGUAAAUAUUUUAAGUGUAAAAUCGAGGAGAAAAAACAAACUGUAAAGACAAUGAACAAACAAAGACACUCUCUCACCAUAAAAGGACUUGAUCUGCAACAGACUGAAAUCAUGCCUCAUAUCUCUGAGCUCAUGUGAGACAGCUCAUCCUCUGUUCAUUCCAUUGAUUCUGUGUAGGGAAUCGAUUGGAUAACGAGCCAGGCGAGUGCAGAACUUGCAGGCUGUUUCCUCAGUUGUCUGCUGAGCUGUGCCCUAGAUAGGAGUCCAUUAAUAUGCAAAAUGUGCUCACAGAAAUGAGGAUGCUACUGUUUGAGUCUUAUCAAAAACGGAUGGCCAGACUGCCGUGCUAGAAAAAAAAAAAACAGUUUUUUUUACACAUAGAUGUAUGAUGAAUGACAGGUGCACCCCUCUUAUACUGCAAUUUGGCUUAACAUUUGUGCAGCUCUUGAGUCUGUUAAAGCUUCGAACUUCGCAGUCAGAGUAAAAUAAAAUAAACAUCAGUGUUUUGUUCAAAAGGUUUUGAUGUUGGAGGCAGAUCAGAGUGCAACUGGGAUGAGAUGUAAAAUAAAAUUCAAAGGAUCUCUCAGUAAAAGUGAAGCACAGCUCUUAAAGAGAAGCUCUAGUCACUGCACUAGCAUAUCGGCAGCUGCGUAUGACACCAGUGUCAAUAUGUUAGUGAACAGUGCUGGAUCUUUGCAGAUUGUGAAUGCUGUCUCGUUGCUUACACUUUUGUCAACAGACGUUUCUUGUAAAUGAACCUCGGCUGGCAGUGAGGCACCGCCACCGGCAUAGGAAGAGUAAACAAGCUCUUGUCACAGUGAAGCAGAAGUGACAGUUUGAACUGAGAGACAGCUUGGGAUAAAAUGCUCUGCUAACCAAUCGUGUGACACAUGUCAAAGAUUACUGAUGGCAAUCUGAAUUUUAAUUAAAUGUUUACUGUCUCUCUGUUUCUACUUUUCACACAUUUCUCGGCUUUUAUCUUUUUUUUUACUCUUGACUUUAUCUAACUCUGUCUUCUCUCUUUUCUUCCUUUAUCUCCCCCUUCAAGACCAGGAGUUCUCAAGGACCUCAAGACUAUGGGCUCUAUUUCGCUCUUUAUCUUUUUCAUCACCCUCCUUGUGCUUGCCAGACAGGUAGGUUUUUUUUUUUCUCUCUUAAUAGUUUGAAUGACGUUAUCUUCUGUUUUUUCUACAUCCUCACCUUCAAAGUCCCAAAAAAACCUCAGUCAAUAUGAUCAUUGCACUCUUUCAUUCUGUGCCUCCUUUAUUUUUCCUUUACAUUUUCUAUAAAUUUUUUCCCGAUAAUUCCCCUCUUUUAGUGAGCCUGAUGGCCUGUGAAAUGAGUAGACUGCUUUGUUAAACCUAUCUACUUCAUCCUCUUCACACUCCUCACAUCCCUCCCGUUGAGGGGAUUGAUGUAGUCUCCUUAACCUUUAAAGCUCCCUCACACAUGUACACAAUUGACUUUGAUGGAUUGCAGUGCAGCUGGGCAUAGCACCUGGAUCAUUAAGGUCAUUGAUGAGUAUUUUUUCUCUGCCUCACUACAGCCAGCUUUUAGUAGUUGAAUGUGAAUGCAAACAAAAUUGGACUCCUGACACUACUACUUCCAUCCCUCUCUCCAUAAUGGCGAUAUUACCUCAGAGCUUUGGGCCAAAAACUAGCUGAUCUCAUUCAUCUUCUAGAUGGAAAUCCACUCGGCACAGCUGAUACACUCAGUCGAGACGGCAAAGCUUUUGGGCUGUUGUGCCAUACUGUGCAAAAGAGGCAUCACGGGAGCAGUUUGCCUGGCCUCCCUUAAGCUUCUCUGGGCUGGUGAUUUAAAUCAGCAAGCUCUGAGCUUCUCAGGUGGACUGAGAUUUAAGAGCCAGGAGACGCAGAGACCAGAGACUGGUCAUUUUGGAGGGCUUUGUGCCUUUAGGUUUAGCUAUUUUGGGCUUUAUGUUCCACUGAAGGGUGCCUGCUGAAGUGAUUGAGAACUAGAGCACUGCUGCUCUCUGGAGCUGUGGUACAGUUUUCAUCAACAUCAAACUCGUAUUUUAAAAGUGACACGACAUCUCAGCAUUACUAUGGCUAAUGCUGAAAGCUUGGAUUAACACACAGUAGAUCAUGUAGUUGAAUGAGCAUACAUAUGUAGUAUCAGACCUAGUGUUUGCACAUGAGUGUGUAUGCAUUGUGCAGCCUUCAUUUGUAUGCUCUAGAAUAGAUCUGAAUGCAGACUGGAGCAAUGAAGAAGCAGCAUCUCAGUGAGAGGGAACAUGGUCAGGGUUAUAUUUCUGUUUCAUAUCAGAGCUUAUCAGUUAAUAGCCAGCAGACGAUUCCCCCUGACUCCUGUGUAUUAAAAUAACACAAUCUCAGCUGUGCUCUUUUUCUCCUCUCUGCUGGGACUAAACUGUGUCUGCAUACAUAUUGUGCACCCACAUAUACAUGAGUUGGGCAUUUCAAGUAAGCUGGCAGCAGGGACCAUUUGUGGCAUCCAUAGACUGUACAUAGAAUGGAGAGAGUCUGCCUCCUCGCUGGGUGAAGCCACCCCGAAAACAGCACCCUCUGGUGACGGGCUGCAGUAUAGGUCAUAAAUCCCGCCUCCUCCAGCAAAGCUUAUGGGGCUGUGAACAAACUUUAGAAAUUUAUUACACAGAUUAUAAAUUAUUCUCCCCCCUGCUUGUGAUGUUGACAUGUAGUUACUGUCAGACUGGUUUGUGCCCAAGUCCUUUUUUUCUGUACAGCUCAAUUGUUAAAAGUUAUUAGGGUGUUCAUGUUUUCUAUGAUUGACACUUAAUACAGCCUAUGGGCAUAUGAAGGUUGCGUAGCUCACCCGGGGGAUACGCUGUUUGGGCCGAGUGUCAUCACAGCUACUCUGCAACUCUCCCACCGAAUGCUUACAAUGCUACUGCACAAUGUUGGUUUCAGGAAAUGGAGAAAAGUCACAAAAGAGAUUUUCGGGUUCAAAUCUGUAUACUGGCAGAAGGCGGAACCAAAUUGUCCAUAGUACAUACAGUCUAUGGUGGCAUCACAUUACACAGAACAUAGUUACCUUUUGUAUUAUUCAGCACAGCUUCUGUUAGUUUGUGACAUUAUUUCUUGUGACUGUAGACUGUGAAAUUCGUUUCAGUCAGAUUUUGGGGUCUGCUGUCAUAAAGUCAAAGGAAAUAAGUGCUGGCAAAUUAAAAUUAAACCUACAAAUCUGGACUCUGAUGUGACGCAGAGCAAGUUUGAUGAGAUUUUAAAUGUGCUUUGAGGAAACAAAUUACCGAUGUCCCAAGCUCAUGAAAAGGGACCACAUGUGCCCAAUUCUACAGGCAAAACAAAAUUUAUCAGUAUCUGCUCAGUCUGAGUCACUCCAAUCAGAUGUGUUCACAAACACACCUUUUCUCCGUACCAUCCUGUUUUCUUUUUAUUAUUUCAACAAGCACUAAUUAUUCUAAUUUAAAGGCCCAUAACUCUUCCUGCUCGAUCAUUUCCUGUUAGCUUAGCAAACGUCAUGAAGCUUGUCCUUGGUUGAUUCAUCCUCUUUUCAAAUCAGUUCACCGUGUGCUGCUCAACAACACGUUUAAAUAGAGUCAUCUUCAUGGAGCACCUGAGCUGUGCCGGCCUCACAGUAUGAAUGAAAAACUAACAUGAUGUUACAGGCUGUACCCUCAGCAUUUAUCCCCACCUGCUCUGAAAUGUCUCAUUCUCUUUCUUUCUCACACAGUCAUUUGAAGGUUUCAUGUUAAUUAGGUUCUGGUGGAGUGAUCAUGUUUGGAUAUUUGAACAGCAGCUGCAUUAGAUCAGUGAAUUUCUAUUGCUGGAGAGCUAACUGUGGCCUACUCUUUUUCAAUGCUUCUUUUUUCGACCUUUUGCCGUAAUCCGUUCUUCUGGCUUUGUCUGUUGUUCUCUGUGACUUGAUGGAAGCAAGCUGUACAGCUAUACCUUCAGUCUCUUCACCUCUGUGUCCUCUUGUAACAGAAUGAAUAUUACUGUAGGUUAGACUUCCUGUGGAAGAACAAGUUCAAGAAGGAGUGUGAGGAAAUUGAGACAAUGGAGAACCUCAACAGGGUUUUAUUGGAGAACGUUCUGCCCGCACACGUCGCGGAGCAUUUUCUGGCACGCAACUGGAAGAACGAGGUUGGUAUCAAUAAAGCUUUUUCAUGUAAUCGUAAAUGUUGCAGGAUAGAUGUGCUGCUUUAACAGAGGUCCUGCAGUACCAGAGGAGACUUGCCAAGAGCUGUAACAUUAAUUCAGUGGUUCUCAACUGGUGGGUUCCGAUCCAAAAGUGGGUCGCGGACAUGUUCUGGAUGGGUCGCAAACAGCUGGUCAAAAAAGUAAACAUUUAAUGCACAUCUGAUGUUUGACGUGUCUUUUAUUUUGAAAAAUACCUAUUUUUAAAAGGCAUGCGUUAUGUUGCGGUCCUCCUUGGUUUAUUAUUAAUGUGGUCUGAAUGCAGUAAAAGGCUUUUUUUUUUUUUUUGGUCAUUUUGUGCAGUUUAAUAUUUAUUCACUUUUGUCCAUACUGUUGCAUGGUUCCCCUCUGGUUCUUCUGAAUAUGCUCUGAAUGCAGAGAUGCAUAAAAGUCAAAUUUUUCAUUUUGCUGGUCUCCAUUUUGUGCAAUUUAAUAUUUGGUAUUUUCUGUAAAUGCAACUUGAGUAGUUGUCGUCCUCGGUUCAUGUGCUCUGAAAUGCCCCUUACUCAAUAAAAUAGGUGUAUUUAUGUUAAAGAGUUGAGUCUUCAAAGGUCUUUUUCAUAAAAAAUAAAUUUGCUUGGCUUAAAUUUUAUAAAAGUGGGUCACGACUUAAGGACCAUGGGAAAAUGUGGGUCCCAGAGUAAGAUCAGUUGAGAACCACUGCAUUAAUUCAUUCACUAGCUCUGCUGAGGCGAUGUAAAAGAGGGCUUCUCUCAGUUUGUUGGGUCAAUAUAAUUGAUCUGACAUAUGUAUAUAGACUUGACUGUAUGUAAAGAUUGAUGAUACAUCUCCACCUCCCGCUGUUGUACAAAAUCUACCUUCAAUGACAGGUGCUGAUAUAUUAUGAUAAUGCUGCAGUACUGACAUCCUGCCCCUCCUUUUUGAACUUCCCCAUAAAUACGGCUAAAAUCCCUCAGGUCAGCUCAGUCUAAUGUGAACUGGAACUUUUCAUGUUGUUUUAAAAUAACUACCUCUAAUGAAUAAGCGGACACAGUAAAUCCCUUCAUGCCUGUGAGACUUUCUCAUUCAUUAUUCCAUACGCAGCAUUACUUCCAGAGAGCUUCUCACUGUGAGACUGUGAAAGUAAAUCUUGGAUAUCUUUAAAAGUUUAUAAUAUGUGUUUUGGUAAGUUUGAAUGAAAAUGGUGCUUCUGCAGCAAAUUUCCUGGAUGAAGAGUCAGCAGAUGUCUCCAUCCCUGAACUUGAACAGGAUCCAAGAGAGAGCUGCUGCUGGAAUGAAUUUUAGACUUACUGUAAUUUGGAUGAGAUGUUUAUUUUUCCGUUUGAUCUAAAGCCUGUUUUGUGCCUGAAUCUGUGGACCCACACAUGACCUAAUUGAAGAAAAAACUAUAAAUAUUAAAGAGUCUUGAAAACUGUGGGAUUCAUUUUCUGUGGCUUUCUUGAAAUAAAAGCUUUUUAUUUUUUGUUUCAUCUGUUUUUGAUCCAGCUGUCAGCAGUUCAUCUGUUGUUUUUUGGGGGGAGGAGGAAUUACUCAGUUCCUAUCCAAAGCUAACAUCUGUAUUCUGUCUUCAAGGAUCUGUACCACCAGUCCUAUGACCUGGUCUGUGUAAUGUUUGCCUCCAUCCCGGACUUUAAAGAGUUUUACACCGAGUCUGAUGUCAACAAAGAAGGAUUGGAGUGCCUCAGGCUCCUCAACGAAAUCAUUGCUGAUUUUGAUGAGGUAAAGAACACUCACCCCUGCAGCCUUCGCAGCAUCCUACACAUGCACCAUGAAUAACAAAAGCGAACUAGAGUAUCCUUUCAAACGGUUGAACUCUGACCCAUGCGUCAUAUGCAAGCUUUAACCUUUUGUGAUGAUAUCUGGAUAUUCUGAGAGGCUUUUACUGGCAGCAGAAAGGAGGGAAAAAAAAGAGUAAUGCUUUUAACAUUUUCAUAAACUGUUUUGUGGAUUCUGUUUGCAUUUUUAUGUGUAGCUGCUCUCCAAGCCCAAAUUCAGCGGUGUGGAAAAGAUCAAGACCAUUGGCAGUACUUAUAUGGCUGCUACAGGGCUGAACGCAUCACCUGGACCCGAGUACACCUCUCAGGUAUGCUAAAUACUCAUAAUUCAUGCUAAAUGAUCAACUCUAUAUGACUUGUAACAGUAGCAAAACUACCUUUGGCCGACCAAAGAGUUACUGGUUUCUCUCUUCAUCCAGGAGCAUGACAGGCAGUACAUGCACAUAGGGACCAUGGUGGAGUUUGCAUUUGCCUUGGUGGGGAAGCUGGAUGUCAUCAACAAACACUCCUUCAAUGACUUCAAGCUCAGAGUCGGUGAGUUCUCCAAAAAGAAAAAAAAAAAAAGCUACACUUAAACGCUGUGAAGGAAAGCUCAGUUUGUCUUAGUUCAAAAACCGACCACUUACCUCAAUUGGUCUGCUGAGCCAAAGCAUUUUCAAGAAGAGACGGCACUGUGAAUCCACAGUGAUUUUACCUUCUAGUUGUUCCGGUGAGAACUGAAAGCAAAACAAGCAGAGUGAGAUCUGCAACACUUUCAGACUUCUUCUUAUCAAGAGUGGAGUUUUAAGAUGUUUUUUUCCUUUCAGGUAUCAGUUACAAAACCUUGACUGCAAGGUUUGCCUUUGAAAUCUGAAUCUGAGUCAGGGUCAGUUUAUUGUCCUUUAGAUUUGCAUUUAUAGUGAACAUUUGUUGUUGGUAUUUGUCUAUUACACUUAAUAUAGAAAUAUGAAAAUAGUAACUGUAACUACAUUAAACAGCAGUUUCCCAGACAUAUAGUUUGUCCAAUGUUAUGUUAUGUAUGAAGUCAGAUGUGGCCAUUUAUCGAUGUUAGAAAUUUGUAACACAGAGUGACCGGGCUGGGAGAGUCAUUGUCACAGCAGAGGUGAGGAUUCUCAUUCAAACUCUCCUGAUGGUGAGAGGUUUUAGUAAGGCUCCUCUUUGUCCAGAGGAGAGUGUGUUGAACUGUCUUUUUCUGGGAUUGGAGUUGUCGGUCACUAUCUUGCCUCAGGGUCCAGGAGGUGUACAGUAAAAGAGCAAUCACGGAUCCCUGCACCCACCUACUGUGGCAGCAGCAUGCCGUAGUGGCCACUCGAUAUUAGUUUUUCAACACGAUAUGACGAUCAUACAGUGGAGGUCAGCCAUUGGUUGUUAUAACUGUGACAUCAUGUUGUUUAGCACUAACAUUUUUUGACAGCAGCUACACUGAUGAGGUGUCUGCAGACAUUAAUUUUUGAUCAACCUUUUGAGUUCAGACAUCAGCAAAUGAGGAUUAUUUAAAAAAAAAAAAAAACACUACAAUUGGUUUGAUUGAUUAGUGUGUCUCAAGCCUGCAGUAUUGUCUUUUUAUCUUAUACUCUUUCAGGAUGAUCAAAGAGCGAGCUUUUAGGUCAACCCCAAUUCCAAGAAAGUGUGGCGGCUGUGUAAAGGACUGAUCAAAACUUAGUUCGAUACUUCCUCAUUUAAACCCUAAUUUUAGUUGAAAACAGCUUCAGGAUGAAACAUCGGUGUUGAAGAUAAAAUAUUUGAUUGGUUGAGGUAAAAUGCUUAUUUUUUUAUACCCAGUCAUGUCGCCAACCUUGAGCAAAUCAAGCUAAAUGCAUCAGACAUAUGGGUACUACUUCUGAACAUGUUUCAGACUUCACUGAUGUUGGUGCUGGAACUACUCUAGUUUACAUCCUAACCUGUUGUCAAUCAAACACUUUCAGGGUUCCUAUAGGAAAUUUGGAAUUGUCAUACUUUUCAAUACCCUACUUUUUAGAAUUAUUUUUGGAAAUACCUUCUUUUGUAUUUUAGAACUGUGGUAAUAAUCUGGAAACAUAGAUAUUUUUCAAUACUUUAUUUCUCAUUGACCAUACUUUUUAAUACCUGUAAAUUGAUCAAACUAAUUCCAUACUUUUCCAUACUUGCGUAGGAACCCUGCACUUUGGUUUUGGGUUAAUAGACCAGGGUUCACUUCAAAAAAUUCAUCCUGUAUGAUAAUGCUGAGCAUAUGCCCCAUAUGUGCUCACAUGGGUAACUCACGUGUAGCUUUAAUGUAUCCUCUAUUUUUAUUCUUCGACUUUUAGAUCACCGGCACACCGUAGGAGUAACUUGAUCAAGCAGAGAGGAAUGCAUAUGCAGUUUAAUAACAGAAAAUGAAACUCAUGUUCACAGUGAGACAUAUAGUCAUGGCAACACACCAGCAGAGAGCAAGACUAACUAAAGAGAAAGAGGGAGACCCAGGGGGAUAGCAGGAGGGCAGGUCUCAGCUCACUGCCUGUAGAACUCAAUACCUCCAACCUGUCUGUGAAGAUCUCAGCGUGAGAUGCUCCAUUAACUCAGCAGUGUGCGUGUGUGUGACUGUUCAUCCCUGCUGUUUCCAGACGGCCUUAAAAUGCUCCAUCAGAGACGGAUAUAAGUCCACCCACCGGGAUGGACAAAAACCAGCAGCUGUGUUGCAUCCGUGCGCUUGUGUAAUUUGCAAUUUUCCAAGAAUCUGGAGAUGACUCAGAAGUCAGAGUGAAGAGCGGCUGAUGUCAUCCAUGUGCUGUUAAAAGCUCUAGAGUUGCUUAGCAGAGGUGCGAGGAGUGUUGGGAUUAAGAGUUCAGCUGCAUUUAGCUUCCACUUCAUCACAUGCUCGGGUGAAACCUUGUGAAAAGCUUUGUUUAUUCUAACAGCAGUGAGUGGAAUAAUAAAGGGCCUGUCAGAGCUUUUAUUUCAAGUAAUUUCUGACAACACUGUCAAAGCAUGACACCAGAAAUGAAAUUAAAAAAACACUUACACGAAUGUGUAAAUGAUGUUUACAGUAAUUUCCAUUUGAGGCUGACUGCUGAUUGUAUUUUUUCAGGUAUUAACCACGGUCCAGUGAUAGCUGGAGUCAUUGGAGCCCAGAAACCGCAGUAUGAUAUCUGGGGGAACACAGUGAAUGUAGCAAGCAGGAUGGACAGCACUGGAGUCCUGGGGAAAAUACAGGUAGAAGGAGUCUUUAUAUCCAGUGUUUUUGACCAUGUCUACAAAUCCACAUCUGAAAGAAUUGCCCAAGAAAUCCUUGAAUACUGCUUUAAGUGAUUGAGUAAGCUGGGGACUGCAGUUUUUUUUUAAAGAUUAAAAACUGAUUUAAAAUGAUCUGCUGUAUAAAUUUGUGAUGUGCUUUUGAAGAUUAUUGUCUGCAGAGGGAAUGAAUUGGCCGGAAAGUAUUCAGAGAAGUUAAAGUCAGUCAGAUAUUUUUAUUAGAAUUUUUAAAAAGAAAAAUGAAGCACUACAUCAACUCAGUUUUGGAUAUUUUCAACAGUCCUUUCCAGCUAGAACCAGAACCAACUAAUUUGAGAAGUCUCCUUCACUGAAUUUCAACAUUGUCUGAAGUUGACUGCAGCUCUGCUCCACUUUUAUUCAUAGAUGACUUUUUAAAUUCAGCUCAGAUGUUUAAAAGAUAAAACCCUUCUGGCAGCAGGGACAUUACAUCAACUCAGCGUCAUGUGACAUCUUCCAAUCAUUCUUUCCCUGCCUGAGCACUGAUAAGAGAUAAUGGUUUUUCACCUGCGUGGCACAGGGCUGUGGGAAUCAUUCAGCCUUCAGAGGGAUGUAUUACACUUCACAGCGUGGACAUGUUUGAUAGAAGCGUCUGCUUCUGAAAUUGCCUUGAUAUUUUGGAGAUUUGCAGAAUAAUUCCAGGGUAGCAUGCAGAUAUUUCUCAUCUUGUAUUAAUUUAGUGCCUGACUUUGAACCCCACAGAGGACAUUUUCAUUCAGUGUUUUUUUUCUGUUGCAGUCAAGCUGUUUUCUCGUGUUGUAUUUCAGGGUUGGAGCUCAACUUCACAUGGAUUUCUGCUAUUCUCAAAUAUGCGGGGGUUUAGAGAUCCUUUGAUAGUAUCUCAAGACCAAAUUUUGGUGGCUGAAACACCAUAGAGUUAGUGUUUAAAACGACUGGUAUUUCAGAGCGUAAAGAGUCUGUUGGUUAAAGUUAGCAGUGGGCACAUUUCUCUCAGCCCCGAGAUGUAUUUUCCUUUGGAGAGCUGAGUGUUUGUGCUCGCAGGGAUGUUACUCAGUCAUAUAAAAUGAGUUUAACCAUCUGAUUCUCCCUGCAGGUGACAGAGGAAACGAGUCGCAUCCUUGUGACCCUGGGCUACAUGUGCUCUUGUAGAGGCAUCAUCAACGUCAAGGGCAAAGGAGAGCUGAAGACGUACUUUGUACACACAGAGAUGACCCGCUCACUGUCCCAAGGGAAUGUAAUGCCGUAAGACUGACUAUAUGCAGAUGUUACUUUGACAUUAGGAAGAUUUGUGCUUCUCAGUGCUGUUGUAGCAGAGACAAAGAGUGAGGAACGGAGGAUUCAGGUCUGGUUUUUAUGUUGCAUUGAGAGUUAUUCGUGCCACAGCUGUAGAAUACAUUUAGUCACUUAUGUAAGUGUAGCAUGUACAGCAGAGUAGGCAAUAACCUCUGAAGUGUCUUGUACAAUGAAUGGGACAUAAGUUCAGUUCAGAAAGAGGAACCUGCAAUGACUGAGACUCGUGGUGGUCGCUCUGCUAUUACAGCUUCCUUUCACCUGGAACAUGGAAAACCAAACCUUUUCUCCUUGUAGAGCAUCCAGAAGAAGAGGAAUAUCAGUGUGGACAAGAAGAGUAAUGCUAGGGUCAAAGAUGAAGAAAAGUGUAGAAGAAAAAAGGCAACGGGUGAAAGAUCUGAUUGAAAAUGAAAACAGAGGACAUAUGCUUCAAAGGAACGACUGUAAGACCACUGUUGAGACAGGUGGAGACGGUCUUUUACUAAAUACAACAAGCCAACAAGGAGCAACACGUGUUUGUGUACAUAACGCCAUCAACCUUGUUAGAAGCAACAAGUCUUGGAUGUAUUUAAAAGGUGGAAAAGCAUUAAAAGUACUCUAUGAAUAUAUUGUGAUAUUCAUUACGGGCCAUGUUUCCCACAACUAUCUUUGCACUCUUAUCAUCUUGGCUCUACAGCAUAUCAGAUUUGUCAAUGUGUGAAAAAGGAAAAGGAGGUGUUUGAUGCUGUUCAGGCAGAACAAGGUGGAUCAUAUUUGAACCUUUAGGACGUGAGAAGUCAGGUCAACAUUGAAGUACUGGAUAACAAAAAGGGAUAAAGAUGAUUUAAGGUGAAGAUUUUAUUUGGGAAGCCUGGGCCUGAUCUGUGUACAGGGUAGCUUUAGAGUGCGUAUGAUAUAGUGGUUUUGUAACAAAAGAAAAUACAACCAAAAAAGUGUUUUGAUGUUUUGAUGCCAUCAUUUUUUGUAAAAACUUCAUUAAAAUUUCUAUGUAUUUCA